UUGCAUGUUCCUCUUGGCUCGGGGAUGCCCGCUGCCUUCGCCUCCUGAUUUCACAUUUGACUUUGCUCGUUUCCGAGUGUUCGACUCCCGACGCUGCCCCGCGCGACCAUGGAGCAGCGACAGCAGCAGCAGCAGCAGCAGCUGCAGCAGCAGCAACAGAUCUCGUCCCGCACGGAGCAGCGCUUCAGCCGGCAGGUCACCAGCACGCAGCAAGUGCAAGGAAUGGUGAUGCAGUCUUCGCCACAACUUACGUUCGGCAACAGGCCAGGAGAUGUCUCACCCCCAGUCUUCGAACAGAUUUUCCGAAAUGCCCGCUUUGCACAGGGUGGUAAUGCCCUCUUUGAGGGUAAAGUCCGGGGUAAUCCUAAGCCUGUUGUUUCAUGGACAAGGAAAGGCGCUCCCCUUCUUGAAUCAAACAAAUAUAAAAUGAAAUAUGAUGAACAGACUGGAAAUGUUUCAUUGCUCAUCAAUGCAAUAGGACCAGGAGAUGAAGGGGAGUACACAUGCACUGCACGAAAUCAGUACGGUGAAGCUAUCUGUUCAGUUUACAUACAACCUGAAGGUCAGGGGCAGAUCAUACAGCAGCCUCCAGGUGGCUACCAGAGAGAGUUUACUCAGACAAUUGAAACCUCUGAACAGCGAACAACACAGCAGCGAUUUCAGAAACAGACAACAGGAAAAAUUUCAUAUGCUAAUGGACACAUUGUAGAAGAGGAUUUUAAAGUGGACACAUUUGAGUACCGGCUUCUCCGUGAAGUUGAGUUUCGUGAAUCAAUAACACGGCGCUUUGUUGGAGAAGUUGACAGAGAGAUCAGUACAGUUAUUGAUCGAUCACUGGGACCUGUUGCACCUCCACAAAUAGCACAGAAACCACGAAAUUCCAAACUCCAGGAAGGUACCACAGCUACAUUCCAGGCUAAAGUUCCAGCCAACCCACGUCCAAGGAUUACAUGGUUUAAGAAUGGACAGCGCAUCACUCAUUCCCAGAAGUAUGAAAGUAGUUACUCAAACCAACAAGCUGUUCUUAAGAUUAACUCUCUCCAGUCUGAAGAUUCUGGACAUUAUACUCUCCUGGCGGAGAAUCCUCAAGGAUGUGUUGUAUCAUCUGCUUACUUAGCUGUUGAAUCGUCUGCGACUCAAGAUGGACUUGAUCAGAGGGGAAGAGUUCCUCAUACAGAACCUUCUGAGGGCACAGAGGCAGGGAAGGCUCUUGCACCUAACUUUGUGCGGGUUUGUAAUGAUCGUGAUGUUACUGAGGGUAAAAUGACACGUUUCGAUUGCCGAGUGACUGGCCGACCUUACCCAGAAGUGGCGUGGUUCAUCAAUGGGCAACAAGUCAGUGAUGAUGCAACCCAUAAGGUGUUGGUCAAUGAAUCAGGCAACCAUGCUCUCAUGAUAACAAAUGUGAGCAUUUCAGAUGCUGGAGUAAUUACCUGUGUAGCCCGCAACAAGGCUGGAGAGACUUCCUUCCAGUGCAAUUUAAAUGUAAUAGAGAAAGAACAAGUUGUAGCCCCAAAAUUUGUGGAACGAUUCAGCACAGUACAUGUGAAGGAGGGGGAGCCAGUGGUAUUGAAAGCCCGAGCUGUUGGCACUCCCAUCCCUCGCAUUUCAUGGCAAAAGGAUGGGGUCCCCCUGGCGCCGGGACCUGAUGUAAACAUCCACACAGACGGUGGAGCCUCGACACUGGACAUCCCGCGAGCCAAGGCGUCGGAUGCGGCCUGGUACCAGUGCACCGCUCAGAACGUCGCAGGCUCCACCGCCACACGUGCUCGUCUCUUUGUCGAGACACCUAAGGGCGCCACACCUCCUCCCCGUCGUCUUAAUUUACCACGACCGACGAAGGUCAUUGAACCUGAACCAGAGCCAGGGCCUGAGGUAAUCUAUUUACGCCAUGUGGAGCGUGCGAAGCCUCACAUGCCUUUGCCAGAAGAAGAGCGUAUCUACCCACCACCACAAUUUAUUAUUCCACUGAACAAUGCUCAUCAGGUUGAGGGAGGACGUGUACAUUUUGAGGCUCGCAUUGAGCCUGUUGGUGACCCAAGCAUGAAAGUUGAGUGGUUUGUGAAUGGCAGACCUCUGGCUGCAAGUUCUCGUGCUACAGCUACAUUUCAGUUUGGUUUCAUCGCACUUGACCUGAUAAGCAUUCAGCUGGAGGACAGUGGAGAAUAUGUUUGCCGUGUGUCAAGCAAUUCGGGAUCAGUUGAAUCUCAUGGUCUGCUGAGUGUAACAGGCCGAGUUGGCAUCGAACAAUCUAGUCAGCACCCCGACAGCCUGCAAUACAUCCAACAUUUGGAAGACUACUCACGCUAUCAGCGUACAGAGAGUAUAGAAGAAGUCUCGUCUCAACGGCCUAACUUCAUUCGACCACUUCAGGAAUUAGGAGAGCUGCAAGAGGGCCGAAAUGCCCACUUUGAAGGACAGCUCACUCCCGUCAGCGACCCCACUAUGAGGGUGGAGUGGUUCAAGGACGGGAAACCGAUCACAGCAAGUUCUCGCAUUACCACCAUCUUCAACUUCGGUUAUGUCUCCUUAAAUAUAUUGCACCUACGGGCUGAAGAUGCUGGUACAUACACCGUGCGAGCUGUGAACAGAACAGGCGAGGCUAUUAGUUCUUCUACUCUCAAAGUUCAAGCACGCACUAGCGUGACAGCAGAUCUCGGUAUACCAGAGCAGCAGAGAUAUAUUGAGAAAGUUGAAGAACUGGAAGCUUAUCAGCAAUAUCUGCAAUCACAGCGAUAUGUGCAGGAACCUCCAGAGAGCACAGCACCUCCUGAAUUUAAGUCACCAAUUAAAGACCAGCUGAAUAUCAGGGAGGGUGGAUUUGCACAUUUUGAAGCUCGUCUUGAGCCUAUUGGUGACUCUACUCUACGAGUGGAAUGGCUAAAAGAUGGAAAACCAGUUGAAGCCAGUUCACGAAUCACAAGUUUUUUCAAUUUUGGAUAUGUGGCAUUAACAAUUAAAUCAGUCACAACUCAUGAUAUUGGCACUUACUCAUGUCGUGCAAUAAAUACUCUGGGAGAGGCUGUAACAUCAGCUAAGUUAACCGUUGUUAGUAAGAAAGACAUCAUUAUGGACAGUCAACACCCAGGAGGCCUUGAGAAAAUACAGUAUCUGGAAGACACAAGUCGCUAUGGCCGAAGCCUUCAAGAAGAGACUACUGUCACAAAGAAACCAAUGUUUCUUGGUCCACUGAAGGGUACCAACAAAAUUGUGGAAGGUCAGAGGGCCCACUUUGAAGCCCGAGUGGAGCCUCAACAUGACACAACAUUGCAGAUUGAGUGGUACUUCAAUGGGAAGGUAAUUAUGACUGCUAACAGAAUCCAGACAUAUCAUGAUUUUGGUUAUGUGGCAUUAGACAUUCUUGGUGUCCGUGCUGAAGAUGCUGGUACCUAUACUGUGGUUGCAAGAAAUGCCCUUGGUGAAGCACAGUUGUCAGCCAGUAUGGUUGUCGAGACUCGCUCAAGCAUAGACACCACAAGUAUGCAUCGUGGCACAUAUGAAAAGACACAACGCCUCGAAGACUCAAAGUUUAUUGAACCAUCAUAUCAUAUUGAAGAAAUCUCAAAAUCGAAACCAAUCUUUGUACAGCCUCUGUCAGACCCAAAACCCAUAAGUGAAGGCAAGAAUAUUCAUUUGGAAUGCCGUCUGGAGCCUAUGGGAGAUCCAACAAUGCGUGUUGAAUGGUUCUAUAAUGGACGACCAAUCACAGUUGGUUCACGCUUUAGAACAUACUAUGACUUUGGAUAUGUGGCACUAGACAUCGUGCAGGCCACUUCUAUGGAUUCUGGUGAAUACACUGUGCGAGCAACAAAUCAUCUUGGAUCUGCACACACAUCAGCUUGUGUGAGGGUAAUCAGUCGCUCAGAUAUUUUAACGGAAACACAGAAUGAAUCAGCUCUUGAACAGAUCCAGUAUUUAGAAGAUGCCUCUCGACAUCGAAGAACAGUAACAGAAGAUGUUACAGUGGUUCAAGCUCCGCAAUUUACUCGACCAUUACAUAACAUUGAAACUGUUGAAGGCACAAACAUCCAUCUGGAGUGCCGCCUUCAGCCUGUUGGAGACCCUACAAUGAGAGUUGAAUGGCUUGUCAAUGGUCAGCCUGUCAAGACAGGACAUCGCUUCCGACCAGCAUAUGAUUUUGACUAUGUGGCUCUAGACUUGCUGAGUGUAUAUCCUGUGGAUUCAGGUGUUUACACAUGCGUGGCUCGCAAUCAGCUUGGUGAAGCUGUUACUUCAUGUUCAGUUAAAAUCAUAGCGAAAAAGGAUCUGAUUCUGGAAACUCAACAUCCAUCUGGGCUGGAAAAAAUUCAGUAUUUGGAGGACACAUCACGUUAUCGAAAGACGGAGUACAUGGAUGAAGUAGUGAAUGUGCGCCCACGUUUCAUCACAAAGCCCAAAAAUUUAGAUAACAUGCGUGAGGGUCAGCAUGCACACUUUGAGUGUAAGCUUGAACCAGUGACUGAUCCAAACCUGAAGGUGGAGUGGUACAAGAAUGGGCGUCCAGUUACUGUAGGUCAUAGGUUUCGGCCCAUUCAUGAUUUUGGGUACGUUGCUUUGGACAUCAUAGACCUUAUUGCUGAGGAUUCUGGUACAUAUACGUGCCGUGCAGUAAAUUUGCUUGGAUCUGAUGAGACCACUUGUGUUCUUAAUUGCAGAAGCACUGCACAGAUCUUGACAGGUACUCAGAAUGAGACAGGACUUGAGCAGAUUCAGUAUCUUGAAGAUAAAUCUCGUUAUCAGCGUUCUGAAUAUAUUGAAGAGACUACAAAGCAAGCACCAAUAUUCACUACAUCUCUGAAGCACAUGGAGAUCAAAGAAGGCCAGAGGGCACACUUUGAAUGCCGCCUUAUACCUGUGUCAGAUCCCACAAUGAAAGUUGAAUGGUUCCACAAUAAUGUCCCAGUGAAGUCAGGUUCUCGAUUUACUGAGACAAAUAACUUUGGUUUUGUUGCAUUGGACAUAAUGUACUGCUAUCCAGAAGAUUCUGGGACAUACACAUGUCGUGCUAAGAAUAUUGUUGGUGAAGCUAUGACAUCUGCCAAUCUGACCUGUAUCUCAAAGAAAUCAAUUUAUAUGGAAACGCAACAUGAGGAAGCAUUAUCAAAACUGACAUACUUGGAGGAUACCUCUCGUCACCAGCGACAGACUGUCCAGGAAGAAGCUGUGACCCAGGCACCGAUGUUCACACAGCCAAUGAAGGAUGUCCGUGUAGCUGAAAAUCAGGCUAUGCACUUUGAGGCACGACUUAUACCUGUAGGAGAUCCGAAGUUACGCGUUGAGUGGCUUCGAAAUGGCGUUCCAAUACAAGCAUCAAAUCGUGUGACAACUAUGCAUGAUUUUGGAUAUGUUGCACUGAACAUGAAGUAUGUUUACCCCGAGGACUCAGGCACCUACACUUGCCGUGCUAUCAAUGAACUUGGACAAGCAGUCACUUCAGCAACACUUGUUGUUCAUUCCAAAGCAUCGUUGCUUCUGGAGAGCCAACAUGAGGCUGCACUGCAGAAACUUCAGCAGCUUGAAGAUACAUCACGGUAUCAACGGCGUGAAGAGGAGGAGAUUAUUGUAACUCAGCCACCAAAGUUUACAGCUCAACUUAAUGGUCCCACAGAGCUAAUUGAAGGUCACAGUGCUCAUUACGAAUGCCGCAUUGAACCGUAUCCAGAUCCCAACAUGCGUGUUGAAUGGUUCCACAAUGGAAAACCACUACAACUAGGUCACCGUUUCCGGACUACUUAUGACUUUGGAUUUGCUGCACUUGAUAUACUUACUGUUUAUCCAGAAGAUUCUGGAGAAUACACUUGCAAAGCAACAAAUAAAUUGGGGCAGGCUUCAUCAUCCAUAAAAGUUAAUGUCAAAUCCCGUUCAUCAAUCAUUUUGGACACCCAACAUGAAGGCGCAUUACAAAAGAUUCAGUAUCUGGAGGAUGAUUCCCGCUACAAACGUGCAGCUGUUGAAGAACAGGUGAUAGCUGAAAAACCACAAUUUGGACGGCCAUUACGAAAUAUUGAUCGAUUGCCUGAAGGACAGAGUGCUCACUUGGAGGCCACACUUACACCAGUCAAUGACCCUACAAUGCGUGUUGAGUGGUUCUGCAAUGGCAGACCCAUUCCUCAAGGUCAUCGUUUCAAGACAACUUAUGAUUUUGGAUAUGUGGCACUUGAUAUCCUGUAUGCAUAUGCUGAAGAUUCAGGCACAUAUAUGUGUAAGGCACGUAAUGCAGUUGGAGAGGCUGUUACUACAUGCUCUGUUACUGUUGAAGCUAAAUCUGGCCUCUACUUGGAUACUCUUGAUGAAAACCGCUUGAAGAAAAUAAAAGACCUGGAAACAUUUGAGAGGCCUCAAAAACCAGAAGUUGAACCUGAAAUGCAAAAGCCUGUGUUCAUUACUCCACUUGUCAGCUUAGAAAAUCUGAAGGAAGGUGAACAUGCUCAUUUGGAAUGUCGUGUAGAACCUAUAAAUGAUCCUAAUCUCAAGAUUGAAUGGUUCGUGAAUGGAAUUGCCAUAAAAACAGGUCACAGGUUCCGUACUACACAUGACUUUGGUUAUGUUGCUCUUGAUAUUCUGUACACAUAUGCAGAGGACUCUGGAACUUAUAUGUGUAAAGCAACAAAUUUGGUGGGAGAAGCUGUGAAUACUUGCCAGAUAACAGUUGGAGCUCGCCGUAGUAUCUAUUUAGAAUCUCAGCAUCCUGAAGGCUUACAGAAAAUCCAAGAACUUGAGUCACAAGGUCGGCCUGCUCGACUUGAAGUGGAGGAACCUGAAGUCACCCCGCCACGUUUUGUAACAGAACUUAGGGGCACUACAGAAAUAUUUGAAGGGCAGACAGCACACUUUGAAGCCCAAGUGGAACCUCUGCAUGAUCCAAAUCUGCGUAUAGAGUUUUAUCACAAUGGUAAACCUCUUCCUUCAGCAUCACGCUUCCAUAUCACUUUUGAUUUUGGUUAUUUGGCACUUGACAUCACCCAUGCUGUUCCUGAAGAUGCUGGAGAAUAUACUGCCAAGGCCAUCAAUGCCCUUGGACAGUGCACUUCUACAAUUACUUUACGUGUGACAGCUAAAAGCAACAUUGUGCUCGAGUCCCAGCGACCAGAAGGAUUAGAUAAAAUUCGAGCCUUGGAGCAGCAUGUCCCAUACCAGAGGCCAGAGGUUCCAGAGCCAACUAGACAAAGGCCUGUGUUUACACAGCCAUUACAGAAUAUUGACUCUAUAGCGGAAGGGCAGACGGCUCACUUUGAAUGCAGACUGAUACCUGUGGGUGAUCCCACACUCAAAGUGGAGUGGUUCCGUAAUGAGAAACCCCUUGAAACAAGCUCAAGAAUUACGAAGACACAUGACUUUGGCUAUGUGGCAUUGGAUAUGACACAUGUUAGGUCUGAGGAUGAUGGUGUGUAUAUGUGCAGGGCUUCAAAUGCUCUUGGUGAAGCUGUGACAACAGCAUCUAUGAAAAUAAAAACAAAGGCGGACAUACAGCUGGAAACUCAACAUCCUCAAGGCAUGAAACGAAUUCAGCAAUUAGAAGAAGGGAAAGCACCAGCACGGCCAGAACAACCAGAACGUGAAUUUGACAAACCCAUCUUCACACAAGUGCUCACAGGUCCAUCUGAACUGUGGGAGGGACAGCAUGCACAUUUUGAGUGUCGUGUUGUACCAGUAGGUGAUCCAAAUAUGCGAUUUGAGUGGUACAUUAAUGGGACAGAGCUGAAAUUAGGAUCUCGCUUCCAUGUCACACACGACUUUGGUUAUGUGAACUUGGAUAUAAACUCUGUAAUUAGUGAAGAUUCUGGAGUCUAUAUGUGUAAAGCCAUAAAUAAAGCUGGGGAAGCAGUGUCUUCAAUAUCACUGAAAGUAAAAACACGUUCAUCAAUUAUUGGAGAUACUCUUCAACCUGAUGCAUGGCAAAAGAUUCAGCUGAAAGAGGCAGAAAUGAAUAAAGUUCCUCCACAAUUUGUAGAUACAACACCUCAACAAGCACCUGUUUUCACAACUCAUUUGACCAGCCAUGAUAAACUCGUAGAAGGUCAAAAUAUUUUAUUGGAGGCACAAGUGGAGCCACGCACAGAUCCAAACCUUCGAGUUGAAUGGUUCAAGAAUGGAAAACCACUUGCUACUGGCACUAGACUUAGGACUACGUUUGACUUUGGCCAUGUCAGUUUGUCUGUCACUGGAUUACGAGCUGAUGAUUCAGCCAUUUACACCUGCAAAGCCACAAACUUACUGGGAGAGGCUGUAUCAACUUGUACUCUCAAAGUUGAAGAUCGACACUGGCUAUUAGCUGGAUCACUUCGUCCUGAGGCCUUACCAAAGAUUGAAGCUCUUGAAGAACCAAAGGCUGGUCGUCCUGAAGCUCCUGAGCCUACCUAUGAAUCACCAGUGUUUAUUACCCACUUGAAUAACGUUGUCUGUACUGAAGGCGAGAGUGUUCACUUUGAAUGCCAUGUGGAACCUUCAAAAGAUCCAACACUCAAUAUCGAAUGGUUCAUAAAUGGCAAGCCAUUGCCCACUGGUGCUCGCUACAAAUCCACUUAUGAUUUUGGCUAUGUGGCUCUGGAUAUAAUUCAUGCUUACGCAGAGGAUUCUGGAGUGUACAGCUGUAAAGCCACAAAUAGCAAGGGACAGGCUGCAACAUCAGGAACUCUGAAAUGCACAAGCAAGCAAGACAUCUUCUUGCAGACACAACAUCCACAGGGUGAAGCAGGCCUUGAGGCUGUGCGUGAGGCAGAAGGAGCAUACUUAUCAAAAUAUCAGAGGCAGCCUCUAGCUCCUGAAAAAGAUUAUCCAAAGCCAGUAUUUGUGGUGCCACUUCAAGAACAAGUAACACUGAAUGAAAAUGAAGCUUUGCAUGUUGAGUGCCAAGUUGAGCCCAAGGAAGAUCCAAAUCUCAAAGUUGAAUGGUUCUUCAAAGGAAAGCCUCUUGAACAUGCAACACGUUUCAAGACAACAUGUGACUUUGGCUUUGUCACACUUGAUUUGACUGAUGUUUAUGAAAGGGAUCAAGGAAUAUACACUUGUAAAGCAACCAAUUUAAAAGGAGAAGCAUUUACCUCCACAACAAUAUACUGCAAAGGGAAGGAGAGUCUAAUUGAACGUACACAGCACCCAAAAGGAGCUGAAGGUCUGGAAAAAAUCCAGGAUUUGGAAGAAUCACUGAGGAGGCAAGAAGGAGCUCCUCCAGAACCCGAGGAAGGCCAUCCGCCUGUCUUCACCUCACAGUUUCAGGAUCUCAAGAACCUUAGUGAGGGAGAGAUUGCACACUUUGAGGCUUCCCUUACCCCAGUUGGUGACCAGACCAUGACAGUAGAAUGGUUCUAUAAUGGAGAGGUAAUCAAAGCAAGUCACCGCAUUAGAACUGUACAUGCAUUUGGGAUGGUUGUCCUAGAGAUAUUAGGAACUAAAAUUGAAGAUUCCGGCACUUAUACUUGUAGAGCAACAAACAAAUGGGGCCGUGCCGAAAUCAGUGUUGAACUGGAAUGUGUUGACAAGUCAAAGGGUCAGAAACCACACUUUACAACACACAUUCAGAGUCUUGAGAAUCUGAAAGAAGGUGAAUCUGCUCAUUUUGAAUGCACACUAACACCUGUGGGAGAUCCUAACUUGAAAGUGGAAUGGUUUCACAAUGGCGAGCCACUGCGACACUCCUCCAGAAUCAAAUCAGUAUCUGAUUUUGGCUUUGUCGUGAUGGAUAUCUCAUACGUCCAGAGCCACGAUACAGGGGAGUAUGUCUGUAGAGCGAGCAACAAGUAUGGGGAAGACUUUACAAGAGCAACCAUAAAAUGUUCUGGACGUGGUGGUGUGUAUUUGGACAGUCUGCAGCCUGAUGCACUUGCUCGCAUUCGUGAAAUGGAGCUCUCCCAGGGUGGGCAACCUCAGGCUCCAACCACUCCUGUUCUUGAACCACCUGUUUUUACCACACAUAUAUCAGAUGUCACAAACCUGGUUGAAGGGCAAAGUGCACACUUUGAGGCUCGUCUUACACCAGUCAAUGAUCCAAACCUCACAGUUGAGUGGUUUUACAAUGGUAAAAAGCUCCCACAUGGCCAUCGUUACAGAACAUUCCAUGACUUUGGUAUUGUUAUUUUGGACAUCUUAUAUUGUUAUGAAGAGAACUCAGGAGUUUAUGAAUGCCGUGCAGUCAACAAAGUAGGCCAGGAUGUCACAAAAGCAACACUAAAAUGUGUAUCAAAGGCCAAUCUCAUCUUGGAUUCACAGUUGCCUCGAGGGAUGGAAGGUGGAUUGGAAAAAAUACAGAGUUUAGAAGAUUCACACUUAAAGAUGAGAGAUGAAAAAACUACAGAAACAAAAGGCCAAGCCCCUGUCUUUACAGUCCCUCUGUCAAACGUUGACAACCUUCGAGAGGGAGAGAGUGCACAUUUUGAAGCCAGACUUAUUCCUACAGAUGACCCAAAACUCAAGGUUGAAUGGUUCUGGAAUGGAAAACCACUAAGGACAGGGUCCAGGUUCCGUACAUUCUGUGACUUUGGAUUUGUGAUAUUGGAAAUUUCUCCAGUGUACCCAGAAGACUCUGGUGAAUACUCAUGUCGUGCCUUCAAUGACUAUGGGGAAGCUGUAACAACAGCAAGUAUGAAAGUGCAAGGAAAGAGGAGUAUCAUAUUAGAAUCUCAGUUGCCAAAAAGUAUGGAGCAUACUAUUGAGAAGAUUGCAGAACUGGAAGGUCUUGGAAGUGCUCCAGCUCCAGUCGCACCUGAGGAAGAUUCUGGAAAACCUCCAGAGUUCAUCACUACUCCAAGUGACCUGACACUAACUGAAAAUUCUUUGGCACACUUUGAAUGCCGUCUGAUUCCUAUCAAUGACCCCAGUAUGAGAGUAGAAUGGUUCCAUAAUGGAAAGCCACUUUGGGCAGGGUCACGAAUCAAGACCAUAAAUGACUUUGGCUUUGUCAUACUUGAAGUUGCUGGUGUAUAUCAGAGAGAUUCUGGUCUUUAUACUUGUAAGGCCACAAACAAACACGGUGAGGCAACUGUAUCAUGUCAGCUGCAAGUCCGCAGUCGUCAGGGAAUCAUUCUUGAGCCACAAUUACCAACAAAUUUUAAAACGGGCACUGAAAGUAUCCAGAAGCUGGAGGAGGCGUUAUACAAGAAAGAUGAAAUAGUGACAGAAGAAGAGAAACCAAAUCCUCCCAGGUUCACUGUUGAAUUGAAGGAUGUACUCGACGUGCAAGAAGGAGCACCGAUCCAUUUCGAGUGCCGUGUAGAACCGGUCGGCGAUCCUACGAUGCGUAUCGACUGGUUCCAUAAUGGUCGACCAUUUGCCACGGGCUCUAGAGUCCAUAUGCUUAAUGAUUUUGGCUUUAUUGUUCUUGACAUGGAUUACACAUAUGCCAGAGACUCUGGUGAAUACGUGUGCUGUGCCACCAACAAGUGGGGGUCAGCAACAACAAAAGCUACACUCACUUGUAAAGCAAAACGAGACGUUGUGUUGGAAUCACAGUUGCCACAAGGAAUAAGUGGUGAAAAGUUGAAGGAACUGGAGAGAGGACCACUGACAGAGGCUCUCCCUGAAGAGGCGCCAGCAUCACCUCCGAAGUUCAUAACUCAGAUCACAUCAGUGGGCAUUGGUGAAGGUGAACCUGUCCACUUUGAGUGUCGUGUGGAGCCCCGAACAGAUCCAAAGUUACGAGUGGAGUGGUAUCGUAAUGGGAAACUGUUGCCAUCUGGACACCGCUUCCGUACAGUCUAUGAUAUGGGCUUCGUAUCCCUCGAUAUAUUGUACACCUAUCCUGAGGACUCGGGUGAAUAUGUGUGUCGUGCUGUCAAUGACCUUGGAGAAGAUACAACAAAGGCAACAGUGUCUUGCAAAAAGCUGCCAACAAUCAUUCUACAGAACCAGGUUCCUAAGGGAAUGAAAAAGUCUGAAGCCCUUAUGCAGAUGGAAGCCACCAUAAAGAAAUACACAUCAGAAAUUCAUUUGACAGAGGAUGAUCUUUAUGAUCCUGAUAAAAAGCAACCACCAAGAUUUGUAACCCAGAUACAAGAUCAGACAACACUAGUUGAAAUGCAAACUACAAAGUUUGAGUGCCAGCUGGCACCUGUCGGAGACCCAAACAUGAAAGUUGAGUGGUUUCUGAAUGGAAAACCACUUCCUCACAAAAACCGUUUCACACCAAUCUAUGAUUUUGGCUAUGUAGCCAUGAAUUUUGGGUGGGUGUAUCCCGAGGAUAGUGGAGAAUACUUGUGCAGAGCAACCAAUCUGUACGGUAUGGACGAGACCCGUGCUGUAAUCAGAACUGCUGGCAAACCUGGCAUUAUCUAUGAAUCUCAGUUACCAAAGGGAAUGAAGAGCAUUGAACGUAUACGUGAAAUGGAGGCAGCUUGGCAAAUAGCACCUGAAGAAGCAGAAGAAGAAACAAAACCUCGUUCUGCACCAGUUUUUGUUACAAAACCUGAACCAUACACUACUGUUGAAGGAGAACCUGCAAGAUUCUGUUGCCGAGUUACUGGACAUCCCCGUCCAAGGCUUAUGUGGGUUGUUAAUGGGCAAACUGUCGUUAAUGGUACUCGCUACCGACUGACGUAUGAUGGUAUGUGGCACUUGGAUAUUCCCAAGACACGACAAUAUGACCAUGGCAAGAUUGAGAUUAUUGCUCGCAACUCAGCGGGAGAAGCAAUAGCCACUACGGAACUUACUGUGAAAGCACGCAUGGAUGAUUACCGUGGAGUAUUAAAGAACUCACCACGACCAUGGUAUGACUAUGAUCUCACUCAGUAUCAGAAAGAGCGCAUUGAACUGGAAAGGGCUCAGCUACAACAUGUGGACAUCAGUGAACAUCAGAAGAAAGUUUCUACUGAGACUGAAACUGAAUGGCAGCAAACAGUAAAGAAGAAGAAGGGUGAAGAUUAUUAUUCCAAACUGAAAGAGCUUGAAGAAGAGCAAGUAAUCAAGGAAACUCGUUUGCGGGAAGCAUCACAUCAAUUUGCUAUACCUGGAGAAAAAGUUGUGGCCAAAACAGUAGCCAAGGGAAUGGCUCAGAGCUAUGAGCAAAAACUAGAUGAAAAAGAAGAAGAAAAACCAGCCUGGGUAACGUCUCGACGACCAACUAAACAUACAUCAGAAACAGUUGUUGAUUCCAAAACAAUUCCGAGUUUGCCACCUGAGCCAUCAGAGUCAGCUAUUCAUGCACGAGAAGUGCAUGUAGCCAAACAAAAACAAACACAGAAAGAGGUCAAGGGAGAUGUGGAAAUUACACGGAAGAUUACAGCCACAGAAACAACUGAAGUUGAGCAUAAGGCAAAAACACAAGAACGAGUUGUCCAAGGGCCUGUUAAACCUGCUAAGCCUCCAUUUUUCACCAAGAAGAUACAGCCUGUCAGAGUAUUUGAGCAAGAGCAGGCUAGAUUUGAAGUUGAAUUUGAUGGUGAUCCACUUCCAACAAUAAAAUGGUUCAGGGAGGAUUUCCCAAUCCAGAGCUCGGCCGAUCUUCAAAUACACACAUUUGGAACAAAGUCAGUUCUCAUCUUGAGACAAGUGUUUAUGGAAGAUUCUGGUGUGUUCAGGGUUGUAGCUGAAAAUCGUGGAGGAGUUGCUAAGUGCAGUGCAAAUCUAGUAGUUGAGGAAAAGCGACGCCAAGGACGAGGUGGUGUUGUGCCUCCAAGUUUCCUUACUACUAUUGAAAGCAGUGUUGUAAAUUCUGGAACACUUGUGCGAUUUGAUGCUCGUAUAGCGGGCACACGACCUAUUGAUGUCUAUUGGUUAAAGAAUGGCAAACGCAUACCGUCAUCAGAUAUUCGAUACAAGACAUUGGAAGAAGAUAGUGUGAAUACCCUGUUGAUUAUUGAGGCUAUACCAGAGGAUUCUGGAACUUAUGAAUGUGUGGCAAUCAACGGUGCUGGUGAAGCACGUUGUGAGGCUGAAUGUCAGGUUCGGUCACCCACACAACAGAAACAACAGCAGCAACAGCAACAACAACAACAACAACAACCAGCAGGAAAUGUAGCACCAGCAAUUAUUGAACCACUAAAGGGACAGGUCGUGAAAGAGGGACAACCUGUUACAUUUCAGUGCCGAAUUUCUGGCAAACCAGCUCCACAGAUAAAGUGGCAAAAGGCUGACACUGUCAUUAAGCCAUCAAAAUACUUCCAAAUGCAUAAAGAUAAUGACAUAUACACUCUGAAGAUAUCAGAAGCUUUCCCUGAAGAUGAGGGUACCUAUAAAUGUAUUGCUUCUAACCCUGUUGGAUCUGUAACUCUCUCCGCACAGCUGAAAGUUCAAGCUCCUGACUCGCAAGAAGUCAUGCCUACCAUUACACCACUGCGAGAUGUCACUGUACCAGAGGGAAGCUCAGCACAAUUCAGGACAAAAGUAACAGGAAAACCAGUGCCAACUAUACAGUGGUUCCGUGAAGGAGUUCUCAUACCACAGUCGGCAGAUUUUCAAAUGAUACAGGAUGGUGACAACAGAGUGCUGCUCAUCACUACAACAUACGAGGAGGAUUCAGGAACUUUUACAUGCAGGGCAACUAACUCUGCUGGGCAGGUUGAGUCAUCUGCUAAGCUGAUCGUCAAAAGUAAGAAUUGCAAAGAUGCAUAUUUAAUGCAUACAAUAUAUGUACUCAUAUUACACCAAAAACAGACAACAUGUGGCGUGUCGGUGCAUUAUGGCUUUGCAGGACGGAGAGAUGUUUCAACAGUCCAUCCAGGCUCAGGAGCACCAAAAAUACCACGUCCUGGAUAUUCUUCUAGUCAUCAUGGUUCAAUCCCGAAAACUGGUGGGAUGUCAGGAGAUGGUCAAGAAGCAGAUGCUGAUGGUAGUGGUGCUGGACAUGAUUAUAUACAGGAGGAUUCAUACGAUGCAGUCCAGUUACCAGUUGGUGAUGAGACGCUGCCGUGGAGGAAACCCAGGCGUAAGCAGCUUUUUCCCGUGCACCCAUCACAAACCACAGUUCCCUGGACACAGGAGAAAAUACAGCUAAGAAGAACUGCUCAGCACCGGAGGAGUAUUGAUAAAGAGCAUCUUGAGGAAGUACAGUUGAAAACUGUCAGUGGGGGGGUACAGCUUAAAAAGAAAGUUCGGCAGGAUAUAGAUAUUAGAAGUGAAAGACCUGAAGAACAAUAUAGCGGGACUGACACUGAUGAUUCGCUGUACAGUGUUAUGGACAAGACAACGGGAAUAGAGCAGAUAGCCACAGAAGAAGAUUCAACAAUUUUACAUUUGGACCAAAUGAAAGAAACACUUGAAGAAAUACAAAAGAAACCACAUUUGCCAAAGAAAGAGGAUCAAAGAUUACCUUCAGAACAAGGAAGGAAACACAUAAAAAAAGAUAGCAGAAUAACAGUGACAGAAGAAGAUGAUGUGACACGAUUAGGAGUGCAACAAGAGAGAGAAAGGACAGAAAGAUUCUUUCGAAAAGGAAAACCUUCAGACAAGACAUUGCCAGCAGACAUGUUGGAUGAUAAUGUUACAAAAAGGAGUCCACUAGUGACAGACUUCACAAAAGAUGAUAAAAAUGCAGAAAAAUCAACAGUACCAUGGAGAACCAAGAAACCAGAAAGCUUGAAAGGAUAUCCACAUGAUGUGCACCAGAAAGUUGACAGUGUUCCUGAAGAGGCAUCACUUGAACCAAAGCCUGAGGCACCAGUACAAGAGCAGGUAUCACAUUUACCAUGGGUACGAGGUAAGAAACCUAAGCAACCCGUCCAGGAGAAAGAGGAAAUUACUUUGAAACCAGUGAAGAAGGAUAUUCCAGAAAAGACAAUCGAAAGAGAAAUAGUACAGUUGAAGCCUGUAGAGAAACAGAAACCAACAGUGGAAGAAAAAGACAAAAUAGUGCUGAAACCAGUGAAGAAAGACACAAAGGAAGUAACCAAAGAACAGGAAUCUCUAUCAAAGGAAAUACAUAAAGAAGAUGUAAGUGCAGAAAAAACAAGAGAGAUCAAGAGUGUAAAGAAACCAGAGACUUUGAAAGAGACUGCACAUGAUUUAGAAGAGAAAGCAGACAUUGCUCCAGAAGGAGUAUCUCUUGAGGAAAAGCCUGAGGCACCAGAGCAGGACCAGGUAUCACAUUUACCAUGGGUACGAGGAAAGAAACCUAAACAACCUGAUCAGGAGAAAGAGAAGAUAAUGUUGAAACCAGUGAAAAAGGAUAUUCCAGAGAAGAGAGAAGAAAAGGAAAUAGUACAGUUGAAGCCUGUACAGAGACAGAAACCCACAGCAGAAGUAGAAGACAAAAUAAUGUUGAAACCUGUGAAGAAGGACACAAAGGAAGUAUUCAAAGAAGAGGAAUCACUUCCAAGCAAAGUGCCUAAAGGAGACUCAACUGUAGAAAAACCAAAAGAGAUCAAAAGUAUAAAGAAACCAGAAAGUCUGAAAGAGGUUCCUUGUGAUGUGGAAGAGAAAGCAGACAUAGUCCCAGAAGGAGUGUCUGUUGAGGAGAAGCCUGAGGUACCAGAGGAAGAUCAGGUAUCACGCUUACCAUGGGUACGAGGAAAGAAGCCUAAACAACCUGUUCAGGAGAAAGAGGAAAUUACUUUGAAACCAGUGAAGAAGCGUGUUCCAGAGAAGAUAGAAGAAAAGGAAACAGUACAGUUGAAGCCUGUACAGAGACAUAAACCAACAGCAGCAGAAGAGGAUGAGAUAAAGCUGAAACCUGUGAAGAAGGACACAAAGGUAAUAAGCAAAGAAGAGGAAUCUCUUCCAAGUGAAGUGCCUAAAGAAGACACUACUGUAGAAAAACCAAAACAGAUCAAAAGUAUAAAGAAACCAGAGAGUCAGAAAGAGGUUCCACAUGAUGUGGAAGAGAAAGUAGACAUAGUUCCAGAACGAGUGUCUGUUGAGGAAAAGCCUGAGGAACCAGUGGAAGAUCAGGUAUCGCGCUUACCGUGGGCUCGAGGAAAGAAGCCUAAACAACCUGUUCAGGAGAAAGAGGAAAUUACUUUGAAACCAGUCAAGAAAGAUAUUCCAGAGAAGAUAGAAGAAAGAGAAAUUGUACAGUUGAAGCCUGUAGAGAAACAGAAACCAAUGUCAGAAGAAAAAGACAAAAUAAAGCUGAAACCUGUGAAGAAGGACGAAAAGAAAAUAACAAAAGGAGAGGAAACUCUUCCAAGGGAAGUGCCUAAAGAAGACAUAAUUCCAAAAAAACCAAAAGAGAUCGAAAUUGUAAAGACGCCAAAGAGUAUGACAGAGGUACCACGUGAUGUCGAAGAGGAAGCAGACAUUGCUCCAGAAGGAGUGUCAGUUCCAGAAAAGCCUGAAGCCCCAGAACAAGAGGAGGUAUCGCGUGUACCAUGGGUACGAGGAAAGAAACCUAAACAACCUGUUCAGCAGAAAGAAGAGAUCACUUUGAAACCAGUGAAGAAGGAUAUUCCAGAGAAGACAGAAGAAAAGGAAAUAGUACAGUUGAAGCCUGUACAGAGAUAUAAACCAACAGCAGAAGAAGAGGAUAAAAUAGUGCUGAAACCUGUGAAGAAGGAGACACAGGAAGUAAUUAGAAAAGAGGAGUCUCUCGCAAUGGAGGUGACUGAAGAGGAUACAAUUGUAGAAAAAUCAAAAGAGAUAAAGAGAGUCAAAAAACCAAAGAGCUUGAAAGAGGCACCACAGUAUGUGGAAGAGAAACCAGAGAUGGUUCCAGAAAGACUACCUGCUAAGGAAAAGCCUGAGGAACCAGAACAAGAUCAGGUAUCGCAUUUACCAUGGGUACGAGGAAAGAAACCUAAACAACCUGAACAGGAGAAAGAACAGAUUACUUUGAAGCCAGUGAAGAAGGAUAUUCCAGAGAAGAUAGAAGAGAAGGAAAUAGUACAGUUGAAGCCUGUACAGAGACAUAAACCAACAGCAGAAGAAGAGGAUAAAAUAGUGCUGAAACAUGUGAAGAAGGAGACACAGGAAGUAAUUAGAAAAGAGGAGUCUCUUGCAAUGGAGGUGACUGAAGAAGAUACAAUUGCAGCAAAAUCAAAAGAGAUAAAGAAAGUCAAGAAACCAAUGAGCGUGAAAGAGAUGCCACAAGAUGUGGAAGAGAAACCAGAGACGGUUCCAGAAAGACUAUCUGUUGAGGAAAAGCCUGAGGCACCAGAGCAAGAUCAGGUAUCACAUUUACCAUGGGUACGAGGAAAGAAACCUAAACCACCUGUUCAGGAGAAGGAAGAGAUUACUUUGAAGCCAGUGAAGAAGGAUAUUCCAGAGAAGAUAGAAGAAAAGGAAAUAGUACAGUUGAAGCCUGUACAGAGACACAAACCAACAGCAGCAGAAGAGGAUGAAAUAAUGCUAAAACCUGUGAAGAAGGACACAAAGGAAAUAAGCAAAGAAGAGGAAUCUCUUCCAAGGGAAGUGCCUAAAGAAGACACAACUGUAGGAAAACCAAAACAGAUCAAAAGUAUAAAGAAACCAGAGAGUCAGAAAGAGGUUCCACAUGAUGUGGAAGAGAAAGUAGACAUAGUUCCAGAACGAGUGUCUGUUGAGGAAAAGCCUGAGGUACCAGUGGAAGAUCAGGUAUCGCGCUUACCGUGGGCUCGAGGAAAGAAGCCUAAACAACCUGUUCAGGAGAAAGAGGAAAUUACUUUGAAACCAGUCAAGAAAGAUAUUCCAGAGAAGAUAGAAGAAAGAGAAAUUGUACAGUUGAAGCCUGUAGAGAAACAGAAACCAAUGUCAGAAGAAAAAGACAAAAUAGCGCUGAAACCUGUGAAGAAGGACGAAAAGGAAAUAACAAAAGAAGACGAAACUUUUCCAAGGGAAGUGCCUAAAGAAGACAUAAUUCCAGAAAAACCAAAAGAGAUUGAAGUUGUAAAGAAGCCAAAGAGUAUGCCAGAGGUACCGCGUGAUGUGGAAGAGGAAGCAGACAUUGCCCCAGAAGGAGUGUCAGUUCCAGAAAAGCCUGAAGCACCAGAGCAAGAGGAGGUAUCGCGUGUGCCAUGGGUACGAGGAAAGAAACCUAAACAACCUGUUCAGCAGAAAGAAGAGAUCACUUUGAAACCAGUGAAGAAGGAUAUUCCAGAGAAGACUGAAGAAAAGGAAAUAGUACAGUUGAAGCCUGCACAGAGACAUAAACCAACAACAGAGGAAGAGGAUAAAAUAGUGCUGAAACCUGUGAAGAAGGAGACACAGGAAAUAAUUAGAAAAGAGGAGUCUUUUGCAAUGGAGGUGACUGAAGAAGAUACAAUUGUAGAAAAAUCAAAGGAGAUAAAGAAAGUCAAGAAACCCAAGAGCUUGAAAGAGACGCCACAAGAUGUGGAAGAGAAACCAGAGAUGAUUCCAGAAAGACUAUCUGUUGAGGAAAAGCCUGAGGCACCAGAGCAAGAUCAGGUAUCACAUUUACCAUGGGUACGAGGAAAGAAACCUAAACAACCUGAACAGGAGAAAGAACAGAUUACUUUGAAGCCAGUGAAGAAGGAUAUUCCAGAGAAGACAGAAGAAAAGGAAAUAGUACAGUUGAAACCUGUACAGAGACAUAAACCAACAGCAGAAGAAGAAGAUAAAAUAGUGCUGAAACCUGUGAAGAAGGAGACGCAGGAAGUAAUUAGAAAAGAGGAGUCCCUUGCAAUGGAGGUGACUGAAGAAGAUACAAUUGUAGAAAAAUCAAAAGAGAUAAAGAAAGUCAAGAAACCAAUGAGCGUGAAAGAGAUGCCACAAGAUGUGGAAGAGAAACCAGAGAUGGUUCCAGAAAGUCUAUCUGUUGAGGAAAAACCUGAGGCACCAGAGCAAGAUCAGGUAUCACAUUUACCAUGGGUACGAGGAAAGAAGCCUAAACAACCUGUUCAGGAGAAAGAAGAGAUUACUUUGAAGCCAGUGAAGAAGGAUAUUCCAGAGAAGACAGAAGAAAUGGAAAUUGUACAGUUGAAACCCGUACAGAGACAUAAACCAAAAGCAGAAGACAAAGACAAGUUAGUGCUGAAACCUUUGAAGAAAGACACAAAGGAAGUAUUCAAAGAGGAGGAAUCUCUACCAAGGGAGUUGGCUAAAGAAGCCACAACUGCAGAAAAACCAAAAGAGACCAAGAAAGUAAAGAAACCAGAUAGCUUAAAAGAGACUCCACAUGAUAUGGACGAAAAAGCUGAUAUUGUUCCAGAAAAAGUAUCUGAUGAGGAAAAGCCUGAGGCACCAGAUCAAGAUCAGGUAUCUCAUGUACCAUGGGUACGAGGAAAGAAACCUAAACAACCUGUUCAGCAGAAAGAAGAGAUCACUUUGAAACCAGUGAAGAAGGAUAUUCCAGAGAAGACAGAAGAAAAGGAAAUAGUACAGUUGAAACCUGUACAGAGACAUAAACCAACAGCAGAAGAAGAGGAUAAAAUAGUGCUGAAACCUGUGAAGAAGGAGACACAGGAAGUAAUUAGAAAAGAUGAGUCUCUUGCAAUGGAGGUGACUGAAGAAGAUACAACUGCAGAAAAAUCAAAAGAGAUAAAGAAAGUCAAGAAACCCAAGAGCUUGAAAGAGAUGCCACAAGAUGUGGAAGAGAAACCAGAGACGGUUCCAGAAAGUCUAUCUGUUGAGGAAAAGCCUGAGGCACCAGAGCAAGAUCAGGUAUCACAUUUACCAUGGGUACGAGGAAAGAAACCUAAACAACCUGUUCAGGAGAAGGAAGAGAUUACUUUGAAGCCAGUGAAGAAGGAUAUUCCAGAGAAGACAGAAGAAAAGGAAAUUGUACAGUUGAAACCUCUACAGAGACAUAAACCAAAGGCAGAAGACGAAGACAAGUUAGUGCUGAAACCUUUGAAGAAAGACACAAAGGAAGUAUUCAAAGAAGAGGAAUCUCUACCAAGGGAGUUGGCUAAAGAAGACACAACUGCAGAAAAACCAAAAGAGACAAAGAAAGUAAAGAAACCAGAUAGCUUAAAAGAGACUCCACAUGAUAUGGAAGAAAAAGCUGAUAUUGUUCCAGAAAAAGUAACUGAUGAGGAAAAGCCUGAGGCACCAGAUCAAGAUCAGGUAUCUCAUGUACCAUGGGUACGAGGAAAGAAACCUAAACAACCUGUUCAGCAGAAAGAAGAGAUCACUUUGAAACCAGUGAAGAAGGAUAUUCCAGAGAAGACAGAAGAAAAGGAAAUAGUACAGUUGAAACCUGUACAGAGACAUAAACCAACAGCAGAAGAAGAGGAUAAAAUAGUGCUGAAACCUGUGAAGAAGGAGACACAGGAAGUAAUUAGAAAAGAUGAGUCUCUUGCAAUGGAGGUGACUGAAGAAGAUACAAUUGCAGAAAAAUCAAAAGAGAUAAAGAAAGUCAAGAAACCCAAGAGCUUGAAAGAGACGCCACAAGAUGUGGAAGAGAAAGCAGAGAUGGUUCCAGAAAGUCUAUCUGUUGAGGAAAAGCCUGAGGCACCAGAGCAAGAUCAGGUAUCGCAUUUACCAUGGGUACGAGGAAAGAAACCUAAACAACCUGUUCAGGAGAAAGAACAGAUUACUUUGAAGCCAGUGAAGAAGGAUAUUCCAGAGAAGACAGAAGAAACAGAAAUUGUUCAGUUGAAACCUGUACAGAGACAUAAACCAAAAGCAGAAGAAGAAGACAAGUUAGUGUUGAAACCUAUGAAGAAGGACACAAAGGAAGUAUUCAAAGAGGAGGAAUCUCUACCAAGGGAGUUGGCUAAUGAAGACACAACUGCAGAAAAACCAAAAGAGACCAAGAAAGUAAAGAAACCAGAGAGCUUAAAAGAGACUCCACAUGAUAUGGAAGAAAAAGCUGAUAUUGUUCCAGAAAAAGUAUCUGAUGAGGAAAAGCCUGAGGCACCAGAUCAAGAUCAGGUAUCUCAUGUACCAUGGGUACGAGGAAAGAAACCUAAACAACCUGUUCAGCAGAAAGAAGAGAUCACUUUGAAACCAGUGAAGAAGGAUAUUCCAGAGAAGACAGAAGAAAAGGAAAUAGUACAGUUGAAACCUGUACAGAGACAUAAACCAACAGCAGAAGAAGAGGAUAAAAUAAUGCUGAAACCUGUGAAGAAGGAGACACAGGAAGUAAUUAGAAAAGCGGAGACUCUUGCAAUGGAGGUGACUGAAGAAGAUACAAUUGUAGAAAAAUCAAAAGAGAUAAAGAGAGUCAAGAAACCAAAGAGCUUGAAAGAGGCACCACAGGAUGUGGAAGAGAAACCAGAGAUGGUUCCAGAAAGACUAUCUGUUGAGGAAAAGCCUGAGGCACCAGCUCAAGAUCAGGUAUCGCAUGUACCAUGGGUACGAGGAAAGAAGCCUAAACAACCUGUUCAGGAGAAAGAGGAGAUUAUUUUGAAACCAGUGAAGAAGGAUAUUCCAGUGGAGACAGAAGAAAGAGAAAUUGUACAGUUGAAGCCUGUUGAGAAACCGAAGCCAACAGCCAAAGACGUGGAAAGAAUUACCCUUAAACUUGAACCAGCAGUGGAGAAACAAAAACCUUUAGAGAAACUUGUGUCUGAAAGGGAAAUACCUUUAAUUCCAAGUAAUGAGGAAUCUCCCUUACAAGAUAGUAAGGAGAUCACCAAAGUACCUUGGCGACGUGGAAAGAAACAUGAGGCACCUGAACUGGAAAAGGAGGAAAUUACUUUGAAACCUGUGAAAAAGAGUAUUCCUGAGAAAACUGAUGAUAGGAAAGAAUUGCGAUUGAAGCCUGUACCUAAAGAGAAACCAUCAGGUGAUGAGGUACAGGAAGUUAUGCUAAAACCUGUGAAGAAGGACAAAAAGGAAGUAAUUACAGAGAAAGAGGGUGUAACUAUAAAAGAAGUAGGAGAUAACCAAAUAGGGGAAGAAAAAAAUUUGCAGGAGCUGAAACCAGAAGAGCUGCCUAAGGAUGACACUCCUACCAAAAAAUCCAGUGUACCUUGGAGAAAAAAGAAACCAGUGCCCAUGAAGGAGGCUCCACUUGACGUGGAGGAAUUAACGGACACUGCUCCAGAAAUGUCUAAAGUUACCAUGACUCCUGAUAUGCCUAAACUUGCAGAUGCUCCAGAUACUUUAAAGGAAGUUCUAGAUGAGAAACCAAUGCUACUUCCUGUAAGACUGAUUGAUGAACAAGAUGAGAUGGUGAAAGAUUUAGUAUCUGUAGGUGAAAUUGCCUUGGCAAAACCCAAAGCUGUGCACCCUUCAGAUAAAGAGAAAUUACUGUCUGAGAGUGUACAGGUGGAAGCUACUACAGAAACUCUUGAUUGGCACAAAGACAUUAAGGUGGAUACUUUUUCCAAAAAGAAAGUUCCUGAAGAAUCCCGACCCACAAUUCUUUCUGAUAGUACACCAUUAAGUGAAUUGGAAAUUGUGUCUCAGAAGCGGGUGACUGAUAGUGUGUUGAAGAUUCCAGAGGAACCCAUUCAAGAUGUGGAAAAUCUUGAUGUUCAUCACACAGUCCGUCAGACAGUGGUACAAAAGACAGUCACAGAAGCCACUAGAACUAUUUCAAAAGCUGUACCCCCAAGAUUUGUUAGAAAAUUGACACCUGCCAUGGUGGAACCAAACAAGAAAGCAACAUUUAUUUGUGAAGUUGAAGGAAAGCCUUUCCCUGAAUUGACUUGGUUUGUUGAUGAAAAACCGUUGCCUUUGUCAAAUCGCAUACAGACGUCAGUUCGUGAAAAUGUUGUGACACUUGAAAUAAGGGAUGUACUUAAAGAAGAUGUUGGUAUUUAUUCCUGCCGUGCUUCAAAUCCUGCUGGUGUGGCUACAUCUGCAGCAAAUUUGAUCAUUUUGGAGAAACCAGAAAUGGGCAGGGCUCCUCAUUUUACUGAGCAACUGAAACCACUGUCAGCUGUUCCUGGACGUCCUGCUGAGCUGAAAUGUGUUGUUGUUGGUGAGCCUACACCUGAAGUAGUUUGGUUACGUGAUGGUCAGAAAGUGUUCUCUGGACCUGGCCAGGAAAUGUACUACAAUCCUGAAUCUGGAACUGCGAGUUUGAUUAUCAGUGAACCAACGGAUCAUGAUGAAGCAGUGUACAGUGUACAAGCCAUUAACAAAUUUGGCCGAGCAGAAUGCCGAGCAAAUCUCGUACUUGGUAAACCAAUAGAAGCAAGACAGCCACAGUUUAUGAGGGCACCAUAUAUAACACGUCCCUUACAAGCCAUUGCUGCAGUAAAAGAUGAGCCUGUGGAGCUGAUGGCAGCAUUUGAAGGAGAACCUAUACCAGAAGCAAAGUGGUUUCGCAAUGGAAAGGAGGUGGUGGCUUCAGAGGGAAUUGAUAUUGUGAAACAGACAAAACAUACUGUUUUAUGUAUAGAAAAGAUAAACAAAACCAGUACUGGAAUGUAUGAAGUUCGUGCUAUAAAUCCAGUUGGAGAGGCCAAAACAUCUUGUUCUGUCACUAUCAGAGAAGAACAGCCUGAAAUGACUGAAGCAAGGCCACCAUCUUUCAUUAAGCCUCUACAGCCAAAGAUUGUAACUGUUGGAGAAGUUGUUAUUUUGGAGACUAUUGUAGAGUCAUACCCUACAUGUUCAUUCCAAUGGUUCCAUCUGUCUACUCCAGUGAAGUCAACAACAGAAACACGGAUUGUGACAGAAGCAAAUAAGUCAUUACUAGUUUUGCAAGAUGUUAAUGAACAACAGACAGGUAGUUAUACAUGUCGUGCAGAGAAUGUUGUUGGAUCAGUGACUUGCACGGCAACACUAUCUGUCAUACCUGAUGAGAAAUGGGAAGAUACUAUAGAGUUAGAGGCUCCACAUUUUGAACAGAAGUUAGUGCCAUUACGAGUCAUGGAUGGAGAACCAGUGCAACUCACUUGCAAGAUCGUUGGAAAACCAAUUCCAAAAGUUAUUUGGUAUCACAAAGGACUACCUUUGAAAGAAUCUAAGGGUGUUACAAUGUACCAAGACUCAGAAGGUGUAUGUAAAUUAGCAAUUUCAGAGGUUUUUCCAGAGGAUGCUGGACAAUACACUUGCCAGGCUAUCAACAAAGCAGGAGAAGCUGUUUGUGCUGCAUCACUUGUUGUUGAAGCUUAUGAAUACGUACCUGACUCUGAGAUUGCAACAACUGGAGUAUCUCUUGUUACAGGACAGAGUGGUUCAGAAGAAGAUCUUUUAGUAGAAAAGGAGACAAUCUCUGAAGUUUCUGAAAUGACAGAAUUGCAACAUGGGGAAGUGGGAAAAGCACCUCGGUUUGUUACUUACUUGCCAGAAACUGUGACUUCACGUGAUGGUGAACUUAUAAGACUGGAAGUCAAAGCAGAAGGAAUACCAAGACCAAAGAUUAGAUGGUACAAGCAAGGAAUAGAACUUACCCCUUCAAAGGAUUUUGAUGUUGAAGAUUUUGAGGAAGGUACUUCGGUCCUCACUAUACCAGAAGUUUUCCCUGACGAUGCGGGUGAGAUUCUAUGCGAAGCUCAGAAUGAUUUUGGCAUUGACACAACAGUUACUGAACUUGUUGUAGAAGGUAUUCUAGGUACAAAGGAAUAUCGAAAACCUGAAUGGGUGACACAGAUGGAACAACUAAAGGAGAAACUGAUGGGUAAUGGCCGUUCGGCCACUUUGCCUGUGCAUGAUGCUGUUGUACCGACUUGCAUGCCAAGCCUCACAAAUGCUAUGGAGUGUUCUGCUGCAGCAUCCCAUUCCCCUAAUCCACCUGGCUUUGCUCAUUUAGUCAUAUCCGACUACCUGAGUUCUCACCGACAUUCUAUAUCGGCAGCUAUAGAAGCGUUGAGUGCAGGUGGCGGAGCAGGUGCAGCGCUGCUCGCAUCACCACCACUACACCUGACUGAACGACAAGAGAAAGAGGUUGUCGUGGUGGCAGCAGCAGCACUACAACAUGUGCCCGAUAGGAACAAUGAAACUGAACUGAAAAGGGCAUCGCGUAACCUGUCGGCAUCUUGUGAGGCACUUUGCAUACAGCAGACAGCCAGGAGGAAUUGCAAGAAUUUCUGUUGCUUGAAAGUAGGUGCUGUGGAGAGACAGAGGAAUGCCGUGGGCUUGCCUCUGCUUUCUCUGACAGUGAUGACAAUGAGCAUGACUCUGCCAAAAUUGUGGCAGAGCACUGCUAGCAGGAAAAUUCUUGCAGAAGUUCAAAUAAACCCAGCAAUAACAUCACCUCUAGUCAUAGCUACCCAGAGUGCACCAACAUUUGUACAAGAAAUUAGGGACAACAGGGCUAAGGAAAUGGAAACCGUAACAUUUGAAUGUCAGUUCUCAGGGACUCCACUGCCUGAUAUAACCUGGUAUAAGAAUGGCAAAAUUCUUCGUAAUACAAGGAAUAUUCAAAUUAGAAUUAGAAACAACAAAACUACUUGUCAAAUACUAAAAGUAACCCCAGAAGAUGAAGGAACCUACAUCUGCAAAGCAACUAGCGAAGUUGGAGUAGCUGAAACAAAAGCAGAAUUGUUUGUACAAGAAUUGACUCUUGAGGAGCGCCAAAAACUGGAAGUUAAGAAAGGCACAGAGCAGCAAGCAAAGAUAAAACUGGAGAGAGUAAAAACACAGAAGAAGCCAAAAACAGAAGAAACUGUUGUCGACACAGUUUUUGAGACAGAGAGAAAAAGGGAAAUUGUGGACAUCCAUGAGACACAUGUUCUGGAAUCCACUGCACAGUUUGCAGAGAAAACAAAAAAGGUCACUGCACAGAAAGUCUUUCCAGUUCAAGAUUCAGUUGAGAUAUCUGCAAUUGCAUCAUGUAAAAAAGUUGAUGACACAAGUGAAAAACCCAUUCUGACAGAAGAAAAGGCAAAAGAAAUUGUUCCAGUUCAAGAAAGUGUUACAGUUUCUGAAGUGGAUGUUAAAGAUGAUGUGAAAUAUCUUAAGACACGGAAGACCAAAGUGACAGCUGAUACAAAAGUAAAUAUACAGGAGUCAGUAUCCAUUUCACAACUGAAAAGUGAAGAUAUGGUGCAAGAAUUUGAAGUAAAGCCCUUAGAGGAACAGGCAGAUAGGAAGGUCAGUGUCCAAGAAUCUGUUAGUGUGUCUGAAGUUAUUACAGAAGACAGAGUCAUAGAUCUGAAAGAAACAAAACCAAAAGAAGAAGAAGCUGUGUUGAUGAAGCCUGUACAAGAGAGUUUCCUAGUCACUGAAACUCUGUCAGAGACUACUAUAACUGAAAUGAAAGAUGCAAAAACCAUGGAGAGUGCAGAAUACAAAGUGCCCAUUUUAGAACCCAUGGUCGUAUCUGAAAUACAGACUGAAACUACAGUUGAAGAAGUCAAAGACAAAAAACCCAAAAGUUAUCAAGCCAAGCCUGAUAAGAGUCCUGUACAGCAAGAAGUAGCAGAAAUUACUGAGGUUAAAGUAGAAAGGGCACCAGAGUUACAAAAGAAGAAAGAGCAAGUAUUGGUUGAAAAGGAAAAGAAGGAAGCUGAGGAAGUAGUGACAGAGAAGAAGGAAACAGAUAUUGUGACAAAGAAGAAGACUGCUGUCAAAAAGAAAGAUCUCGAGGAAGAAGAAGAAAUUAUUGUCCAGCAUGCAUUGAAGACUAUGCAAAAGCUAGAAAGAUGGGAACGUGUGAAACAGGCACAGGAAGUAGAGGAGUUGCUACAUUUGAUUCCUGUUCAAGAAUUUGGACCAGAAAGUGAAAAACCUUUACGUGAACUGGCACGUGUUGGCUGGUUGCUACGGCGAGGGUUAAAUGUGCAAGAAGUAACGGCACUUCACCGUGCUGGACACUUCCAGGAACUUCGCACACCAUUGGCUCAGUCUGCCCUCGUUUCUUUAGUGGAACGUCAAGGGCACGGAGUUCUGGUUUCACAAGCUCUUGCAGAGGAGGAUGAAGUCCAAGGGCCAGAAACAGCUGGCUUCCGUGCAUUUCUUCGCAUGAUUGAACUGGAAUAUGCUACUGUUGAACAAGCUGUUACUCUUUUUGCUCCUGAAGAUUUCCGCCCAGACUCGUGGGAAGUCCAAGAAGCUACAGAGGUUGUGGAGAAGACACAUAUAACACAACAGGCAGAAACUAUAAAACAAGCUGAAGUUCGUAUUGCUGAUGAGAAGAAAGUGACUAAGAAGAGGAAGACAAAGACUGAAGUUGAAAAAGAAGAAACUCUUGAAGAGAUAGACCAUGAACGGCGCACAGCAUCCAGGACUGCUGCAGAAAAACCACAACCUCAUGAACGACUAAUACCUAUAGAGGUGGAAAGGGAUGAGGGGGUACUGAUUACAGAAUUACCUACUGACCACCAAAUUACAAUAACUGAGCCCUCUCUUGCUAUUGUUACUCAACCAGCUGAAGAACUCGGUGUGCAGAAGACAAGAGCCGAAGAAGAAGAUAAAAAGUUUGAGGAGGAUGAAGAACUAAUUAUAAUUGAAGAAAGAAAGGGGGAGGGUAUCAGAAGCCAGCGGAGAAAGAAGGUCAUCAGACAGAAAUCCGAGGAAGAGGUUGAGGUGGAAAUACAGGUGGUAGGUGGCGAGAAAAGAAAGGUGAAGAAAAUAAUAAAAGCUACUCAACCAGACACAUCUGAAGAAAUGAUUGAUGAGGAAUAUUUGCAGGAAAUAAAACCAUUUGAGAAAGCUGUGCAGAAAGCUUUGCCCCUUUUAAGUACAAAACAAGUGUCAGAGACUGUACCGUCUGUGCAUAUUACAGAACUACAGAUAGGAGUUGAGGAUCGUGGUGAGCAUGUAAAAGUGAACAUGUUGACUCUAAGUGCAGUAUCUGGAGAACAAGUGCUUGUGGAAGAACAUGAAGUUCCCACAAAAUCAGCAAAAUUUGAGGGUAUAAAAGCAUCUCAGCGAUUUGACACCAUUGAACCUUAUACUGUUACGGAAGCAGAUGUGCAUACUCGUGCACGAGAAUUCUCUGAUGUGUUCCAGCCACAGUCAUUUGAGGCUAGUGUAGCUAUUAUUCCACGAGAAGGUGUAGUUGUAAGUGAGAUGACUGUGCGUGCUGGGACUGGUGAGUUGGUGGAAUUGGCUGAAGGACAACAGAAGCAGGCAACCAUUGGUUUAACACUGCAAGAAGCAACCAGUGUAAGUGAGACUGAAAUUUCAGUAAAAGAAGGUGACUUCACAGAUCUCAGGAAACCUCAACAGAGGCAAGCAGAACAUAUUUUCUUACCAAAUGAAGGAAUAUCUGUAUUAGAAGUAACAGAGGGUACUUCUGAGAAUGUUCUUCAGAUUACCUCAAAGCCACUUCCUGUGAAACCUCGUGUUCAGGUACCAUCUGCAGAACCAUUGCUGGUUAGUGAGGUGUUUCCUGAGAUGAAACCAGGAAAAUAUCUGCCAGAAUCAUUUGUAGCAACAGAAAUGGCAAGUAAAAGUGUAGUGGCUCAACAUGGAAUCUCAGCUCUAGAAAUGCAUGCACCAGAGAAGGAAGGUGAGUAUGUGUCAGAUCGUCUCCCGCCAUCACAGAUAGCUGGAUCAGAAAUUACUCCAGGAGAGGCAUUACAGGUUUCACAAUCAGAUGUGCAGGAAGCUGAAGCCCCAUUGGCUGCAAAACAACAGCCAGAGACUGCCACAGCAGAAGAAGAUGUUACUCUUAUGCGAGGUAUUACUGUAACCACCGUGGAAGCACAGCUGCAAGAGAAGGCCUUCAGGAGUGAUGAGCAUGAUACCAAAAAAGCAGGUGUCUUGUUUAUGGAGAAAGAAUCUAUACAGGCAGCAUUCAUAACAGCAGUAGAAAGAGAGGCAGAACUUGCUCCAGAGGAGAAACCAGCUGAAAAAACUGCAGAACCUGUUCUCUCUUGUUUGGAAGCUGCUGAUGUAUCUGAAUCUCUUGUGCAGGAAGUGGAAGGUGAGCUUCUAGCAGACAAGUCACCACUAAAAGUUCAAGCUGAAGCUAGUGUCAGGCCGGAAGAACCACUUUCCAUAUUGGAGGUUUGCGCAGGACAUGCAUCUGCUGAGCUGUCAGAGAGCUUAAGAUAUCGCACUGAUGAAGCAGUGUCUGUAUUUGAAACAACAGAAGCUAAGCAAGUAUCAGUGAUACUUGCACAAGAAAAAGAAAGCAUGCUACCUGACCUUCAGAAACCUCUACCAGCUCAGGGUGAAAAAUCAUUUUCACCACAGACAGGUCUAACUGUUGUGCAGACAGUGGCAGAGGAGUCAGAAGGAAUAUUUUUGGCAGCUGAACUGCCAGAAAGUCAUAGAGUGAAGACAUCACCAAAUCAGCCUUUUCAGUCAAUUGUUAUUGAAGAAACUCUUGCACAAGGACAUGCAGGUCAUAUAGAAAGAGAUACACCAGCAUUAGGUAUUGCUAAAGCUGACAGAGAACUCCUUCGAGAGAUGAUUAUAGAGGAGGCUAUUACAGGUGAAGGUCUGCAGUCGUACAAGGAAGCAAUGAAACCAGAUAGUAAACAAGCAGGCAUUACAGUUCUACAAGAAGAGAGCUUAACUGUUACUGAGGUGGUUACAGAAGACAAAGAAGCUGGGUAUACAAAGCCCACAAUGCCAACUGAAUGCUUUGCUCUUCCAGAAAUAAAAGGCCAAAAGGUGGCAAUCAAGACAGAAGUGAGACCAGAUAUCUCUGCUGCACCAUUAUCUAGUGAAUAUCCAACAAGAGAAACUGCUAAACCUGAUCAGAUUCCACUUGAAAGCCUUCUUGUGACACUUGCACAAAUGGUUGAGAAAGAAGGUGAGUUGUCCAAAGAUAUAAAGCCAGAUAUAAAGAGUGCAACAGUUGAUUUAACAGAGAGACAUUCAGAGAUUAGUGUGACACAAGUAGUGGCACAUGAUAAAGAAAAAGAAUAUGUUACAGAACAGUCUCCUAAACAAAUGACAGCCACAGCCAGUGUACCAGUUCAUGAAGUGGCUAUUAAGUCAGAGACAUUGCCAGAGUUAAAUGUUGGUGAUCUUCCUGAGAGAGAACAUGCCACAGGUAGAGCAAAGCCUGAUAAUGAACCACUGCAAGAACUUAUAAUCACAGAAACAGCUAUUACUGAAGUUGAGAGACAACUUAAAGAAGCUGUGAAGCCGGAGAAAAGGACUGCAGAUGUAGCCAUUGAUGUAGGUGAAGGAAUAUCAAUUACAGAAAUUGUCGCUGACCAUAAAGAGGCUAUCCUUGAAUCUCUAGAAAUGCCAAAACAGAGGCAGGCCACUCUCAAUAUCCGUAGCCAAGAAGUUGCUCAGAAGGAGGAAGUGGUGAUGGAUUAUGUCACUGGUGAAUGGAAGAGGCAGUCACCAGUUAAGGAAAGUGCUCACCCAGAACAGGAUGCACUGGAAUGUGCUGUGUUACUACAGCCACAUAUUGGUGAAAGGGAAGGUCUUUAUAGUGCAGAUAUUAAGCCAGAUGAAAAAACAGCUAACAUUACCUUUGAAGAAGGUCAGAUACUAAGUGUCACAGAAGUUUUGCCUGAUGACAAAGAAAAACCACUUGAAAUUCCGGAAGCUCCAAACAAAUAUAAAGCAACAGCAGACUUCCGAACUCAAGAAGUUGCAGUGAAGUCUGAAAUAAUAGCUGGGUUAAAUGUCACAGAAAUAACACAUGUAGAGCCAUCAACAGCAGAAGCCACUAAAGACCAGGUUCCAUAUCAGAGUUUUAUUCUUUGUGAGACUCUGACAGGAGAAAAGGAAUCUGAGUAUCAGCCAUUAAUUAUGCCUGAUUCCAAAGUAGCAGAUACUGUUAUCUUGGAAGAAGAGGGACUUACUGUAAAUCAGGUAACUACUGGAGAUGUGGAGACAACAUUUUCUUCACCAGAGAAGCCAGAAGGAAAGAAAGCAUUUCCAUCUGUAACAGGGCAAGAAAUUGCCGAGAAAACAGCAGUUUGGAUUGAAAGUAGUGUGGGUAAGUUACCAUACGAAGAGCCCCAGUGUGUACAAGCUUUAGCGGAACAAUUGCCACAUCAUAGUUUGAUUCAGUCAGAAAUGGCUCCUGUGGAAUGUGAAGGGGUAUACUCAGUGGGUGUACAGCCAGAUAGUAAGAGUGCAGAGGUUGUAAUUGACGAAGCAAAAAUGUUAGCCAUUACGGAAGUCAUCACACAAGACAAGGAAGGGCAUUAUGAAGCUCCCAUCAAACCCGAUGGCAAGUUUGCAAAACCUGGUGUAUUGGGACAGGAAGUAGCUCAGAAGAUAGAGGUAGUGACAGAAUCAAGAACUGGUGAAAUACUUUUAGAGACUCCACUCAAAGUACAAGCCACAUCUGAACAAUUGACAUUUGAGAGUCUACAGCAGGCGGAAGCAACUGUGCAAGAACGAGAAGGAGAAUUUAAAGAGAAAUUGAAAUAUGAUAUGCUACAUGCAAAUCUGGAAUUUGAACAGGGUAAGAGUUUGACCAUUACUGAAAUAUUGGCACAAGAUAGAGAAGAAAUAAUUGCAACUGUGGAAAAGCCAAAGGAAAGAAAGGCAAGGACAGAUAUCAGUGGCAAAGAAGUGGCAGAAAAGACUGAAAUUGUACCUGAAUUUGGAAUGGGGAAACUAGAGGAAGAAAAAACUUCACCAGCUCAAGCAAAGAAGGCUCAUUUGCCCUUUGAAAGUGUUAUUAAAAUGGAAGUAAGCAUAAGAGAGUGUGAGGAACCCUUGAAGGGUGAUAUUAAGCCCGUAGCCAAACUUGCUGAAAUUGUAUUUGAAGAAGGUCAGCCUCUACAAGUUACUUCAAUGGUGACAGGAGACAGAGAAAGUGAAUAUGUAACUCCUGAAAAGCCAAGUGGCAAUGUGGCUCAUUCAGAAGUUCUCACUCAUGAAGUUGCAGAGAAAUCUGAAAUAGUUCCAGGUUUGAAUAUCAGGGAACUGGUUCAGGAGGAACCUCUCAAAGUAAAAGCAAACACUGAACAGGCACCAUUUGAAAGUGUAAUGCAGAUACAAGCUAUUAUUCAAGAAAGUGAAGGGACAUUUGAAAAGGGUGAACUUCCUGCUUUUAGAAAGGCAGGAUUAAAUUUUGAAGCAGAACAAUCUCUCACUAUUUCAGAGGUCACACUUGGUGAUAAGGAACUUCUUUAUACUGCACCUCAAUUACCCAAAGAAAGACAAGCACAGCCAGACAUAACCGAAAGCCAGGAAGUGGCAGAACAAAGUCAGGUGCUCACAGAAAUAGGGGUUGGUCAAAUUGAAGCAAUAGUCCCAGUAUCAGAAACAGCUAAACUAGGACAUGACGUUCUUCAAAGUGUUAUGGUCUAUGAGAGUCAAACUCAUGAAAAUGAAUCUGAGUUUGUCAAAAAACAAUUACCAGUGACAAAAAAGGCUGAUGUCUUCAUAGAAAAGGGAAGGAAGGCGCAAACCGUUACAGAAGUAAUUGCAGAUCUCAAGGAGGGAACUGUGAAAGAACUAGAGAUACCAACAGGAAAGAAAGCACGCCCUGAUAUUCUUGGCCAUGAGAUAGCAGAAAAGGCUGAAGUUGUAACACAUCUUUCUGUUGGCGAUGUCAUGGAACACAAAGUUCAUAGGACUUUUGCAUCAUUGGAACAAGUUCCAUUUGAGGGCAUUGUUCAAUCUGAAGCUGUAGUCCGUGAGAAAGAAAAUACCUUUAUCUCUGAUUUAAAAAUGGUCACUGCAAGUGCAGAGACAAUGUUUGAGGAAGGUAAAAGUGUCACUAUCUGCGAAGUUAUACCAGAAGACAAGGAGGAUGAUUUUGUGGCAGCACAAAAGCCCAAAACACGAAUAGCUCAACCAGAAAUAGAGGCCCAUGAAAUAGCUGAAAAAUCUGAGGUUAUACCAGAAACAGGAGUUUCAGAACUUUCAUUUCAGGUCCCAAAACAUGCACAAGCUAAUCCAGAGUCAUUAUUAUUUGAAGGCCUGGUUCAGUCAGAAGUUGCUGUCCGAGAAAGUGAGAUAGAUUUUGAUGGCAAAUUAAAAUUAGAUAAGAGGACUGUAGAUGUUUCCUUUGAGCAAGGCAGUAGCGUCACAAUAAUGGAGGUUAUUCCAGAUGACAAAGAAGCCCAGUAUUUGUCUCCUGUGGCACCUGAAUCUAAAGUGGCUCUACCACACAUAUCUGGGCAUCAGAUAGCAGAGAAAUCAGAGGUAUUACCAGAACUUAGCCUUGGACCUGUUGAUGUGAGACCUACACAGAAAAUACAGGCUGAUGUUCAACAGAUUCCAUUUGAAGGUAUUGUUCAGUCUGAAGCAAUUAUCCGUGAGAAGGAAGACAUCUUUAAAUCAAGUGUGAAGAAAGUGUCAGCCACUGCAGAGAGGAAAUUUGAGGAGGGCAGAAGUGUUACUGUAAGCCAAAUCAUAGCAGAAGACAAGGAAGGCGACUAUGUGAUUACUGAGAAACCCAAGGCCCAAAUGGCUGAACCAGAUGUCCAAGUGCAGCAAGUUGCUCAAAAAACUGAGGUAAUUACAGAAGUAGCAGCAUCUGACCUCUCGGUUGAAAAACCUAAGAAGGCACAAGCUAAAUCUGAAUCCUUCUUGUUUGAAAGCUUAGUUCAGUCAGAAAUUACUGUUCGUGAAAGUGAAAUUGAAUUUACUAGUCAAUUUAAAGAAGAUAAGAAGAAAGUGGAUGUAUCAUUUGAAGAAGGUAGAGGUGUGACAAUAACAGAAGUAGUUCCAGAUGACAGAGAAUCUCAGUACAUCUCUCCUACAGCGCCCGAGGGUAAAGUAGCCCUACCAAACAUAUCUGGACAUGAGAUAGCAGAGAAAUCAGAGGUAUUAACAGAACUUAGCCUUGGACCUGUUGAUGUGAGACCUACACAGAAAAUACAGGCUGAUGUUCAGCAGAUUCCAUUUGAAGGUAUUGUACAGUCUGAAGCAAUUAUCCGUGAGAAGGAAGACAUCUUUAAGUCAAGUGUAAAGAAAGUGUCUGCUACUGCAGAGAGGAAAUUUGAGGAAGGCAGAAGUGUUACUGUAAGUGAAAUCAUAGCAGAAGACAAGGAAGGUGACUAUGUUAUCACUGAGAAACCCAAAGCCCAAAUGGCUGAACCAGACAUCCAAGUACAGCAAGUCGCUGAAAAAACUGAAGUGAUUACAGAAGUGGCAGCGUCUGACCUCUCAGUUGAAAAACCUAAGAAGGCACAAGCUAAAUCUGAAUCCUUCUUGUUUGAAAGCUUAGUUCAGUCAGAAAUUACUGUUCGUGAAAGUGAAAUUGAAUUUACUAGUCAAUUUAAAGAAGAUAAGAAGAAAGUGGAUGUAUCAUUUGAAGAAGGUAGAGGUGUGACAAUAACAGAAGUAGUUCCAGAUGACAGAGAAUCUCAGUACAUCUCUCCUACAGCGCCAGAGAGUAAAGUAGCCCUACCAAACAUAUCGGGACAUGAAAUAGCAGAGAAAUCAGAGGUAUUAACAGAACUUAGCCUUGGACCUGUUGAUGUGAGACCUACACAGAAAAUACAGGCGGAUGUCCAACAGAUUCCAUUUGAAGGUAUUGUUCAGUCUGAAGCAAUUAUCCGUGAGAAGGAAGACAUCUUUAAGUCAAGUAUAAAGAAAGUGUCUGCCACUGCAGAGAGGAAAUUUGAGGAAGGCAGGAGUGUUACUGUAAGUGAAAUCAUAGCAGAAGACAAGGAAGGUGACUAUGUAAUUACUGAAAAACCCAAAGCCCAAAUGGCUGAACCAGAUGUCCAAGUACAGCAAGUUGCAGAAAAAACUGAAGUCAUUACAGAAAUAGCAACUUCUGACCUUUCUGUCGAAAAACCUAUGAAGGCUCAAGUUAAAUCCAAAUCCAUCUUGUUUGAAAGCUUAGUUCAGUCAGAAGUUACUGUUCGUGAAAGUGAAAUUGAAUUUAGUAGCCAAUUUAAAGAAGACAGGAAGAAUGUGGAUGUGUCAUUUGAAGAAGGCAGAGGUGUGACAAUAACAGAAGUAGUUCCAGAUGACAGAGAAUCUCAGUACAUCUCUCCUACAGCACCAGAGAGUAAAGUAGCCUUACCAAACAUAUCUGGACAUGAGAUAGCAGAGAAAUCAGAGGUAUUAACAGAACUUGGCCUUGGUUCUGUUGAUGUGAGCCCUGCACAGAAAAUACAGGCUGAUGUUCAACAAAUUCCAUUUGAAGGUAUUGUUCAGUCUGAAGCAAUUAUCCGUGAGAAGGAAGACAUCUUUAAGUCAGGCAUGAAGAAAGUGUCUGCCACUGCAGAGAGAAAAUUUGAAGAAGGCAGAAGUGUCACUGUAAGUGAAAUUAUAGCAGAAGACAAGGAAGGUGACUAUGUAAUUACUGAAAAACCCAAAGCCCAAAUGGCCGAACCAGAUGUCCAAGUGCAGCAAGUUGCAGAGAAAACUGAGGUAAUUACAGAAGUAGCAGCAUCUGACCUCUCGGUUGAAAAACCUAAGAAGGCACAAGCUAAAUCUGAAUCCUUCUUGUUUGAAAGCUUAGUUCAGUCAGAAAUUACUGUUCGUGAAAGUGAAAUUGAAUUUACUAGUCAAUUUAAAGAAGAUAAGAAGAAAGUGGAUGUAUCAUUUGAAGAAGGUAGAGGUGUGACAAUAACAGAAGUAGUUCCAGAUGACAGAGAAUCUCAGUACAUCUCUCCUACAGCGCCCGAGAGUAAAGUAGCCCUACCAAACAUAUCUGGACAUGAGAUAGCAGAGAAAUCAGAGGUAUUAACAGAGCUUAGCCUUGGACCUGUUGAUGUAAGACCUACACAGAAAAUACAGGCCGAUGUUCAGCAGAUUCCUUUUGAAGGUAUUGUACAGUCUGAAGCAAUUAUCCGUGAGAAGGAAGACGUCUUUAAGUCAAGUAUAAAGAAAGUGUCUGCCACUGCAGAUAGGAAAUUUGAGGAAGGCAGGAGUGUUACUGUAAGUGAAAUCAUAGCAGAAGAUAAGGAAGGUGACUAUGUAAUCAUGGAAAAACCUAAACCCCAGGUAGCUGAAGCUGAAAUUGGAGUGCAACAAGUUGCUGAGAAAUCUGAAGUAUUUACAGAAGUGGCAGCGUCUGAUCUCUCAGUUGAAAAACCAAAGCAUGUACAAGCUACAGCUGAACAGUUGUUGUUUGAAAGCUUAGUUCAGUCAGAAAUUACCAUUCGUGAAAGUGAAUCUGAUUUUGUGAGUCAGCUCAGAGAAGACAAGAAGAGAGUCAAAGUAUUGUUUGAAGAAGGGCAAGGUGUGGCAAUAACAGAAGUAGUGCCAGAUGACAAGGAGUCUCAGUAUAUCACUCCUGGGGCACCAGAGACUAAAGUUGCUCUGCCACAUGUGUCUGGGCAGGAGGUUGCACAAAAAUCACAGGUGUUUACUGAUACGUCUCUUGGUGAAGUAAAAGUGAAGGCCCCCCAAGAACUUCAAAUCACCAUUGAUCAAGUUCCCUUUGAAAGCAUAAUACAGUCAGAAGCUUUAGUGAGUGAAAGAGAGGAGCAUUUCCAGUCUGAUUCUAAAAUGAUAUCAGCAAGUGCAAAGAGUGUGUUUGUUGAAGGUAAGAGCAUAACUGUGUCUCAGGUAGUUCCUGAGGAUAAGGAAACUGUGUGUGUUGUAGAAGACAGACCUAAGGAACAGAAGGCUGUAGUAGAUAUUCGUGGACAAGAAAUAGCUGAGAAGUCUGAAGUUGUAGCUGGUACAGGAAUACGUGAGUUUUCUGUGGGUUUGCCUAAACUUGUACAAGCUCAGCCAGAAGCUAUUCUUCAUGAAGGACUAGUACAAACAGAGGCUGCUGUUCAAGAAAAUGAACAGACAUUUGAGGGGAAAUUUGUACCUGAUUCUAGAAGUGCAGGUAUGACAUUUGAAGAAGAAAGAGGUGUUACUAUUACUGAAGUCAUUCCUGAACAUAAGGAAGCAAUAUAUACUGCACCUGAUUUUCCUGAAACCAAACUUGCCCUGCCAGAUGUAACGCCAACAGAAGUAGCACAGAAGCUUGAGAUUUGUGCAGAUAUUUCUUUAGGAGGAAUUGAUGUCAGACCAGUGCAGAAACUUCAGGUGAGCCCAAGGCAACUUCCUUUUGAAAGUUUGAUGCAAUCAGAACCAAUUAUUCGUGAAAAGGAAGGAGAAUUUACUUCUGGUGUAACUGCUGUUACAGUAACUGCAGAGAGGAGUUUUGAAGAAGAGAGAAGUUUAACAAUUAGUCAAAUUAUCACAAGUGAUAGAGAAGUGGAUUAUAUGGUAGAACAGCAGCCAAAGCAAAUUAUAGCUGAGGCAUCUGUGUAUGGUACUGAAGUUGCACAGAAAUCUGAAGUCAUGACACAUGUUAGUGUAAAUGAAUUUGAUGUAACUAUCCCAAAAACUGCACAGGCUCAACCACAUUCUGUACCUUUUGAAGGAAUUUUACAAACAGAGGCUAUAAUACAAGAAAAGGAACAAGACUUUGUAGGAUUAGAACACCUGAAGGAAAGCAGCAGGUGUGCAGACAUUGCAUUUGAAGAAGGAAGUGGAAUUACCAUUACAGAAAUUUUUGAGCAACAUAAAGAAGGCCAAUAUGUAACACCUACUCUUCCAGAUUUCAAGUCAAUAAAGCCAAAUAUUGAUACAAAAGAGGUAGCUGAAAAAUCUGAAGUUCUCACUGAAACAUGUGUUGGGGAAGUUGAAGUGAAACCAGUCAAGAAACUAAAAAUUAGUUUUGACCAAACACCAUUUGAAAGCAUUAUUCAGUCACAGGCAAUUGUUAGUGAAAAAGAAGGAGAAUUCCAUGCCGAUGUGAAAAAAGUAAUGGUAAGUGCAGAAAAAGGCUUCGAAGAGGGCAGAAGUGUUACUAUCACAGAAGUUGUUACUGAAGAUAAGGAAGCCGACUACAUAGCUACAAAACUGCCAAAACCUCAAACUGCACAAACAGAAAUUCGUGGACAGGAGAUUGCUGAGAAAUCUGAAAUUGUCACUCAGUUUGGUACAGCUGAGUUGCAUACAGAUGUACCAACCACUGCACAGGCCUUCCCAGAAUCACUUCCUCUUCAGAGUCUUAUCCAGACUGAAGCAGUUGUUCAGGACAGAGAAAGUGACUUUGUGGAUCAAUCUAGACCAGAUUCCAAGAGUGCAGCUAUAGUAUUUGAGGAAGGACAGGUUGCAUCAGUAACACAGGUGGUUCCGGAAGAUAAAGAAAGUGAAUAUUUUGCUCCAGAGGUAAUUGAAACAAAAACUGCACAACCCAACAUCUCAGGUAAAGAAGUGGCUCAGAAGUCCGAAGUAUUGACAGAAUUAUGUCUGGGAGAAGUUGAAAUUAAAUCUGCACAGCAAGUACAGAGUAAAGUGGAACAAAUUACAUUUGAAAGUAUCAUGCAGUCAGAAGCAUUAGUUCAAGAAAAGGAACAAGAACAGGACUUGCGUCUAGAUAUAAGAUCAUCUCUGAAGAGAGCUGAGACAAGCUUCACUGAAGGAAAGAGCAUUACUGUCACACAAAUAAUUCUGGAAGAUAAGGAAGAAGACUAUUCAAUUGGAAAAAAGCCAGAAGAGCAUGCUGUCGUACCUGAAAUUGAAAGUAGGGAAAUUGCAGAGAAAUCUGUAACUCUUAGUGAAAUGAGUGUUGGAGAACUCUCCAUAGAAAAGCCCAAAUUGCUUAAGCUUCAGCCAGAUUCCAUACCUUGUGAAGGACUGUUACAAACAGAAGCUAUUGUACAGGAAAAAGAGACAGACUUUAUUGGACACCUGAAACUAGACUCAAGGAAUGCAGAUGUUGCCUUUGAGGAAGGAAGAGGAAUUUCAGUAACAGAAGUUGUUUCAGAAGAUAAGGAAAGCCAAUACAUUGUUCCUGAAGCACCACUGAGUAAAGCAACACUUUCUGAUAUAUCAAGAAAAGAAGUUUUACAUACAUCAGAAGUAAUUCCUGACACUUGUCUUGCAGAUUUCAAAACACAUCCUGCUCAGGAAAUGCAUGUUACAGUGGAACAGAUUCCAUAUGAAAGUUUGAUACAGACACAAACUGAAAUUCAGGAAAGUGAAGUAGAAUUUAGAAGAUCUACUCAAAUUACAGAAAAAAACGCUAAACCAAAUUUUGAAGAAAGAAGAAGUCUAAGCGUCCUUCAAGUGACAACACAACAGAAGGAAGGAAACAUUGAGGUUACUGAGUUUCCAAAAUUUCAACACGCACUGCCUGAUUUGAUAAGCCAAGAAUCUGUUCAGUUAAGUGAAGUAAUUCCUGGAGUUUCUGUGGGAGAUGUUAAGCAGGAAGCUGACGUGAAAGAAAAGGCCAAAUACAGUCAGGAUCUCACUGAAGGUGUUAUUAUAUCUGAAGAACUUAUACAAGAAAAGGAACAUACUUUUGACAAGGUUUUCCAGCCUGAAACAAAAAGUGCAGAUAUUGAAUUUGAAGAACAGAGAGCUACAGCUGUAUCAGUUGUCAUAGCAGAAGAUAAAGAAGGUUUCUUUGUCUCUUCAGAAGCUCCUAAAACAGGUGUCGCCAAGCCAAAGAUACCAGUUAAAGAAGUAGCAGAGAAAGUAGAAAUUGUCACAGAACAGGACAUUGCUGAUCUAGUUAGUGAGAAACCCAUGGAAAUGCAUGCUAAGCCACAGCAGCAACCAAUAGAAACUAUAUUACAAACAGAAGUACUUGUUAGGGAAAGGGAAGGAAUGUUUUAUGGUGACUCCAAACCAGAUACUCAAAAUGUUGAAGUCACAUAUGAUGAUGGGAAGAAGGGUAUCAUGGUCACCCAAGUUAUUCCUGAAGAUAAAGAGGGUAUUUAUCAAGAAAAAGAUGUUCCAAAGAAGCAAACUGCUGUGCCGCAAGUACCAGAAAAAGAAGUUAUUCAACAGUUGGAAGUCAUUCCUGGCCACACAACAGAAGAAGCUUCCCUUCACAUAAUACCCACAAAAAGUAAAGCAACAACCGAACAGUUACCAUAUGAAAGUAUCAUUCAAAGUGAGACAUCCUUGCAAGAAAGGGAGGGGAUUUUCAAGCCCACACUGAAGCCAGAUAUAUCAAGUGCAGAGCUGAAAUUCCAAGAGGGGCAAAGCGUCAUGGUUACAGAAGUGAUAGUGCAAGAUAAAGAAGGUACAAAGGUUGUCACAAAAACUGUGAAAGAAGAGAUUGCUCACAAAGAUAUUGUAGAACAAGAGGCAGCUUUCAUGUCUGAAGUGCAUCCAGAGAAUGGAAUAGGUAGACUAGAUGUAGAUAUUCCCACCCCAAUUGUGGCAAAAGAGUCUGCUCCCCAGGCACAACACAGCAUAAUGGUCACCGAACUACAGAGCACUGGUGAGCUUGAAGCUAAGCUGCCAGACCUCAUCAAACCAUCACCAAAGAGAGUCAGCAUCUCCUUUGAAGAGGGAACCAAUGUCAUUGUAACAGAAGUGCAGCCAGAAGACAGAGAGGAGGUCCUGGACGACAAUACAUCAGCCUCUCAGACACGUCACAUCACUGCUACACAAGUGACCGACCAUAUGCCUGAGGUAAAAGUAAUUGAAACUACAACUGAGAUCCUUCAAGGUGAGUACACUAUAAAGAGUGCGGACAGAGAAUCUGCUGAUGAAGACACCGGGGAUGUAGACACAGUCCACAAACUUGAGACACCAGUUAUAGAGCUGAAAAGCUUACCAGACCAUGACAAGGAACAGGGCACUACUGAUGAAAUUGAAGUUAAGGAAAAGAUGGUGAAACCCAUAAUUAGAAAGAAGACGACGUUCCCAAUUGAGGACAGUAAACCUGCAACGGAAGAUGACACAAGGGAAGAAACUGUGCCAAUAUUGGAAGAACUUGAGGAGGAAAAGGCAGAUAAGCAUCCUGAGGACGACAGGGAGGGUGAGAAGGUUGUUGAAGGAGCGAUGGAAGACACAAGAAAAGAGAAGAAAAUGAAACGUAUUAUCAAGAGGAAGAAGAUUACUCUGGUAGAAGGGGAGAAACCAUUAGGAGAGGAUAUAAAAGAGGAAACUGCACCACUACAUGAGAAGCCAGAAGAAGAGAAAGAAAAUGAAAUCUGUGAGAGCACCAUGAUGGUUGAGAAAGCUGAGGACAGAGAGAUGGAAGAAACAACUGAUGAGAAGAAAGUGAAACGUAUAUUGAGAAGAAAGAAGGCUACACCAAAUGAACCUGUAGCACCAUGUGAUAAACCAGAAGAUGAGAAGCUAUAUGAAACUCCUGAAGGGGUCAUAACGGUUGAAAAAGCUGAGGAGGAAGAGACAGAAGAAACAUCGAAAGAGAAGAAAGUGAAACGCAUACUCAGAAGGAAAAAGAUUACACCAACUGAAGAGGAGAAACCUUCAGUGGAAGGUACAAAGCAGGAAACUGUGUCACUGACAGAAAAGCCCAAAGAUGAGGAGAAGUCAGAAAUUUCUGAAGGCGAGGAGGAAGAAUUGACUGACCAGACAAAAAAGAAACGCAUUAUCAGGAAGAAAAAGACUAUGGUGCUUGAGAAGGAGAAACCUUCAGAUGAGAGUAAACAAGAAGAACCAUUGCCAGUACUGGAGAAGCCAGAGGAGCAAAAGGCAGAGGAAAUUCCUGAAACAGUCAAGGAGGCUGAAGAUGUGGAACAAGUGGAAGCAACAAAAGAAAAGAAGGUUAAGCGCAUAGUCAGGAAAAAGAAGGUGGUACCAGAAGAGGCAGAAAAACCUGUAGAGGAAGAAAUGAUUGAAGAUACCUUGCCAUUACCAGAGAAACCUGCUGAAGGAAAGGCAGAUACAGAAGAGAAAACUGACAGUGUGCCAGUAGCUAAAGAUGAGGUUCCUGAAACUGUUGAUGAAACUGAACAUAAGAAACUGAAACGAAUUGUCAAGAAGAAAAAGAAAACUGUUCCAGAAGAAGAUGAAAAGCCAGUUGGUGUGGAGAAAGAAGAAACUAUUAUGCCAUCCUUGGAAAAAUCUGAGGAAGAACUGCCCGAAGAAAAGCCUGAUGUUGAAGAGGAUACUACAACAGUACCAGAGGACUCUAAGGGAAGAAGGGUAAAGAGAAUUGUGUCCAAAACAAAGAAAGGCAUUCCAAAGGAAGAGGAGAAACCAACAGAAGACAAGCCAGAAGAGGAUGUAGCUCCUAGAAAACCCACAGAAGACAAACCUGUCAAGAAGAAGAAAGUUACUGCUCUACAAAUGAUGAAAAUUGAGAGGAAAGAAAUUAAAGCUACUCAGCUGAAGGUGAUUGAUGUCAAAGAAGACAUUCCCCUAUUUGCACAGAUAAAACUGAAGAAAGUGACACCUGUCAAGAAACGAGAAAUAAAGGGUGUGACAAUUCCGAAAGUCUUGCUUAAGAGUAACAUUAAGUUCAUUGAUUAUCCACCAGCUGAACAGAAGCCAGUCAUAACAGUUCUUGAGGUGCACUUUGACAAGGGUAUUCUGUCACGGAACUAUCAGGAAGCACUGAAAGUGCAAAAGAGGAAAGUAAAAAAAGUACGAAUCAAGGAUAAGGAAGCAACUGAGUUGGAGGAACCUGAGAAGUUCCCAGCAGAUGACACAGAAAAACCAGAACCUACAGAGAAAGUUGAUCAGCCGACAUGGCAGAGCUUGCCAAAGAGACCUACACCUGAACAACAAGAAACAAAGAAGCUUGAUAUUGGGAAAGGAAAAGUCCCAGAGCAGGAAACUCCUGUCCCAGAGGACAUCAAGUUGAAAAAGAUUCCUGAAAAACCAACACCUGGUGAAGAGGAACAGAAGAUCAAGCCAUCGAAAAAAGAUGGGGAUGAACAAAAGAUGAAGAAGCCUAAGAAAUCUGAGAAAGAACCAUUGGCGCCUUUUGAGGGCAAGGACAUAGAAAAGCAUGAUACAGACUUAGAGCAAUAUGAGAGGGAGAGCCCAGAGAAAUCAGAUGAAGAGACUUCCAAACCUGAGGCGAAAAAGAGACCUAAGGCAAAGAAACCAAAACCAGAGCCAGAGACCAUUCAGAUUCCACUGGAGAAGGGAAUUCCUAAGAAACCUCAGCCAGAUGAUGACAAGGAGAUCAAGCUAAGGAAAAAAAUGGGUGAACCCACUCCAGAUGAACCUGAGGGGAUUGUUCUCAAACCAUUCAGGAAAGAGAAACCAGAAGAUAAAUCAGAGCAGCCAGAGAAAGAGGAAGGGAAACCCAAAGGAGUAGACAGAUCCACAGAGGAGGAAGAGGUAGAAAAAGACCAACUGCCAGAGGGAAAAAAGAAGAAGAAAAUAGUGAAGAAGGUUCAGAAACCAGAGGCACCACAGGAAGAAGCAGAGAAGCCUGUAUCAGAUGUUCCUGAGGCUGAGACACAGGAAAUAGUUUCCCCCAAAGAAGACCAGCCUAGUGCAGUGACAGUUCCUGAAUCAGUGAGUGAGCCUUUAACAGUAGUAGACGAACAACCAAAGGUUUCUGAGGAAAAGAAGCCUGACAAAGUGGCGGCAGAUGAAGUGCCGGAACAAGAAGUAGAAAAGGACCAACUACCAGAGGGAAAAAGGAAGAAGAAAAUAGUGAAAAAGAUUCGGAAACCGGAGGCACCACAGGAACAAGCGGAGAAGCCUGUAUCAGAUGUUCCUGAGGCUGAGACACAGGAAAUAGUUUCCCCCAAAGAAGACCAGCCUAGUGCAGUGACAGUUCCUGAAUCAGUAAGUGAGCCUUUAACAGCAAUAGACGAACAACCAAAGGUUUCUGAAGAAGAGAAGCCUGACAAAGUGGCUGCGGAUGAUGUGCCAGAACAAAAGGUUGUCAGAAAGAAAGUGAAGGUACAAAAGGUGAAGCCAGAGAAAGAAGUGAAACCAGAAGAAGAGGUUCAAGAAGAAAAGAAAGAAGAGGUGGAAAAGCUGGAGGUUGUGGUCAAAGAGGUACCUGAGGAUGAGAAGGAACAUGUUACUACUGAAGAAAUGGAAGUUAAAGAGAAGAAGGUGAAACACAUAAUCAGAAAGAAGAAGUCAGCUCCAAGUGAAGAAGAGAAACCUUCAGAUGAGAGUAAAGGAGAAGAAUCAUUGCCAGUACUGGAGAAGCCAGAGGAGCAAAAGGCAGAGGAAAUUCCUGAAACAGUCAAGGAGGCUGAAGAUGUGGAACAAGUGGAAGCAACAAAAGAAAAGAAGGUUAAGCGCAUAGUCAGGAAAAAGAAGGUGGUACCAGAAGAGGCAGAAAAACCUGUAGAGGAAGAAAUGAUUGAAGAUACCUUGCCAUUACCAGAGAGACCUGCUGAAGGAAAGGCAGAUACAGAAGAGAAAACUGACAGUGUGCCAGUAGCUAAAGAUGAGGUUCCUGAAACUGUUGAUGAAACUGAACACAAAAAAGUAAAACGAAUAGUCAAAAAGAAAAAGAAAACUGUUCCAGAAGGAGAUGAAAAGCCAAUUGGUGUGGAGAAAGAAGAAACUGUUACGCCAUCUUUAGAAAAAUCUGAGGAAGAACUGCCUGAAGAAAAGCCUGAUGUUGAAGAGGAUACUACAACAGUACCUGAGGACUCUAAGGGAAGGAGGGUAAAGAGAAUUGUGUCCAAAACAAAGAAAGGCAUUCCAAAGGAAGAGGAGAAACCAACAGAAGACAAGCCAGAAGAGGAUGUAGCUCCUAGAAAACCCACAGAAGACAAACCUGUCAAGAAGAAGAAAGUCACUGCACUACAAAUGAUGAAAAUUGAGAGGAAAGAAAUUAAAGCUACUCAGCUGAAGGUGAUUGAUGUCAAAGAAGACAUUCCACUAUUUGCACAGAUAAAAUUGAAGAAAGUGACACCUGUCAAGAAACGAGAAAUAAAGGGUGUAACAAUUCCCAAAGUCUUGCUUAAGAGUAACAUUAAGUUCAUUGAUUAUCCACCAGCUGAACAGAAGCCAGUCAUAACAGUUCUUGAGGUGCACUUUGACAAGGGUAUUCUUUCACGGAACUAUCAGGAAGCUCUGAAAGUGCAAAAGAGAAAAGUAAAAAAGGUACGAAUCAAGGAUAAGGAAGCAACUGAGUUGGAGGAACCUGAGAAGUUCCCAGCAGAUGACACAGAAAAACCAGAACCUACAGAGAAAGUUGAUCAGCCAGCAUGGCAGAGCUUGCCAAAGAAACCUGCACCUGAGCAACAGGAAACACAGAAGCUUGAUAUUGGGAAAGGAAAAGUCCCAGAGCAGGAAACUCCUGUCCCAGAGGACAUCAAGUUGAAAAAGAUUCCUGAAAAACCAACACCUGGUGAAGAGGAACAGAAGAUCAAGCCAUCGAAAAAAGAUGGGGAUGAACAAAAGAUGAAGAAGCCUAAGGAAACUGAAAAAGAACCAUUGGCUCCUUUUGAGGGGAAGGACAUAGAAAAGCAUGAUACAGACUUAGAGCAAUAUGAGAGGGAGAGCCCAGAGAAAUCAGAUGAAGAGACUCGCAAACCUGAGGUGAAAAAGAGACCUAAGGCAAAGAAACCAAAACCAGAGCCAGAGACCAUUCAGAUUCCACUGGAGAAGGGAAUUCCUAAGAAACCGCAACCAGACGAUGACAAGGAAAUCAAGCUAAGGAAGAAAAUGGGUGAACCCACCCCAGAAGAACCCGAGGGGAUUACUCUCAAACCAUUCAGAAAAGAGAAACCAGAAGAUAAAUCAGAGCAGCCAGAAAAAGAGGAAGGGAAACCGAAAGGAAUAGACAGACCCACAGAGGAGGAAGAGGUAGAGAAGGACCAACUGCCAGAGGGAAAAAAGAAGAAGAAAAUAGUGAAGAAGGUUCGGAAACCGGAGGCACCACAGGAAGACGCAGAGAAGCCUGUAACAGAUGUUCCUGAUGCUGAGACACAGGAAAUAGUUUCCACCAAAGAAGACCAGCCUAGUACAGUGACAGUUCCUGAAUCAGUAAGUGAGCCUUUAACAGCAGUAGACGAACAACCAAAGGUUUCUGAAGAAGAGAAGCCUGACAAAGUGGCUGCGGAUGAUGUGCCAGAACAAAAGGUUGUCAGAAAGAAAGUGAAGGUACAAAAGGUGAAGCCAGAGAAAGAAGUGAAACCAGAAGAAGAGGUUCAAGAAGAAAAGAAAGAAGAGGUGGAAAAGCUGGAGGUUGUGGUGAAAGAGGUACCUGAGGAUGAGAAGGAACAUGUUACUACUGAAGAAAUGGAAGUUAAAGAGAAGAAGGUAAAACACAUAAUCAGAAAGAAGAAGUCAGCUCCAAGUGAAGAAGAGAAACCUUCAGAUGAGAGUAAAGGAGAAGAAUCAUUGCCAGUACUGGAGAAGCCAGAGGAGCAAAAGGCAGAGGAAAUUCCUGAAACAGUCAAGGAGGCUGAAGAUGUGGAACAAGUGGAAACAACAAAAGAAAAGAAGGUUAAGCGCAUAGUCAGGAAAAAGAAGGUGGUACCAGAAGAGGCAGAAAAACCUGUAGAGGAAGAAAUGAUUGAAGAUACCUUGCCAUUACCAGAGAGACCUGCUGAAGGAAAGGCAGAUACAGAAGAGAAAACUGACAGUGUGCCAGUAGCUAAAGAUGAGGUUCCUGAAACUGUUGAUGAAACUGAACACAAAAAAGUAAAACGAAUAGUCAAAAAGAAAAAGAAAACUGUUCCAGAAGGAGAUGAAAAGCCAAUAGGUGUGGAGAAAGAAGAAACAAUUACGCCAUCCUUAGAAAAAUCUGAGGAAGAACUGCCCGAAGAAAAGCCUGAUGUUGAAGAGGAUACUAAAACAGUACCUGAGGACUCUAAGGGAAGGAGGGUGAAGAGAAUUGUGUCCAAAACAAAGAAAGGCAUUCCAAAGGAAGAGGAGAAACCAACAGAAGACAAGCCAGAAGAGGAUGUAGCUCCUAGAAAACCCACAGAAGACAAACCUGUCAAGAAGAAGAAAGUCACUGCACUACAAAUGAUGAAAAUUGAGAGGAAAGAAAUUAAAGCUACUCAGCUGAUGGUGAUUGAUGUCAAAGAAGACAUUCCACUAUUUGCACAGAUAAAAUUGAAGAAAGUGACACCUGUCAAGAAACGAGAAAUAAAGGGUGUAACAAUUCCCAAAGUCUUGCUUAAGAGUAACAUUAAGUUCAUUGAUUAUCCACCAGCUGAACAGAAGCCAGUCAUAACAAUUCUUGAGGUGUACUUUGACAAGGGUAUUCUGUCACGGAACUAUCAGGAAGCACUGAAAGUGCAAAAGAGGAAAGUAAAAAAAGUACGAAUCAAGGAUAAGGAAGCAACUGAGUUGGAGGAACCUGAGAAAUUCCCUGCAGAUGACACAGAAAAACCAGAACCUACAGAGAAAGUUGAUCAGCCGACAUGGCAGAGCUUGCCAAAGAAACCUGCACCUGAGCAACAGGAAACACAGAAGCUUGAUAUUGGGAAAGGAAAAGUCCCAGAGCAGGAAACUCCUGUCCCAGAGGACAUCAAGUUGAAAAAGAUUCCUGAAAAACCAACACCUGGUGAAGAGGAACAGAAGAUCAAGCCAUCGAAAAAAGAUGGGGAUGAACAAAAGAUAAAGAAGCCUAAGGAAUCUGAGAAAAAACCAUUGGCGCCUUUUGAGGGCAAGGACAUAGAAAAGCAUGAUACAGACUUAGAGCAAUAUGAGAGGGAGAGCCCAGAGAAAUCAGACGAAGAGACUUCCAAACCUGAGGUGAAAAAGGGACCUAAGGCAAAGAAACCAAAACCAGAGCCAGAGACCAUUCAGAUUCCACUGGAGAAGGAAAUUCCUAAGAAACCUCAGCCAGACGAUGACAAGGAGAUCAAGCUAAGGAAGAAAAUGGGUGAACCCACCCCAGAAGAACCCGAGGGGAUUACUGUCAAACCAUUCAGAAAAGAGAAACCAGAAGAUAAAUCAGAGCAGCCAGAAAAAGAGGAAGGGAAACCCAAAGGAGUAGACAGACCCACAGAGGAGGAAGAGGUAGAGAAGGACCAACUGCCAGAGGGAAAAAGGAAGAAGAAAAUAGUGAAGAAGGUUCGGAAACCGGAGGCACCACAGGAAGACGCAGAGAAGCCUUUACCAGAUGUUCCUGAGGCUGAGACACAGGAAAUAGUUUCCCCCAAAGAAGACCAGCCUGGUGCAGUGACAGUUCCUGAAUCAGUGAGAGAGGCUUUAACUGCAGUAGAUGAGCAACCAAAGGUUUCUGAGGAAGAGAAGCCUGACAAAGUGGCUGCGGAUGAUGUGCCAGAACAAAAGGUUGUCAGAAAGAAAGUGAAGGUACAAAAGGUGAAGCCAGAGAAAGAAGUGAAACCAGAAGAAGAGGUUCAAGAAGAAAAGAAAGAAGAGGUGGAAAAGCUGGAGGUUGUGGUCAAAGAGGUACCUGAGGAUGAGAAGGAACAUGUUACUACUGAAGAAAUGGAAGUUAAAGAGAAGAAGGUGAAACACAUAAUCAGAAAGAAGAAGUCAGCUCCAAGUGAAGAAGAGAAACCUUCAGAUGAGAGUAAAGGAGAAGAAUCAUUGCCAGUACUGGAGAAGCCAGAGGAGCAAAAGGCAGAGGAAAUUCCUGAAACAGUCAAGGAGGCUGAAGAUGUGGAACAAGUGGAAGCAACAAAAGAAAAGAAAGUGAAACGAAUUGUCAAGAAGAAGAAAUUGGUUCCAGAGGAGGUUGAAAAGUCGUUGCAGGAAGAAGCAGUUAAAGAUAAUUUUCCUGCACCUGAGGAAUCAAGAUUAGCAGAAGAUGAGAAAGGCCAACCAGAAGACUCACAUCUACAUUUUGCAAAUGUCGAAUCAUCUGUUCUGGGGAAAGUGACUGACAUUGUUACUCCAUCAUACGAGACAGGUAAAUCACAAGUAACUAUGGCACUUAAAGAUUCUGUUUCUGUGAGUGAUACCAUGUCCUUAGAGUUAACUGAACAACGAGUAGCAGAUAAAAAACCAUUGCCGCAGGAGGCUUUAGUAAGUAUAGGAGAAAAAGAUACUGUAUCUAUACAGGAACCUUAUGUUGAGGUAGUUCCUGCACAUUUGCCUGAGUCACCUCAGGUUUUAAAGGAAGAAGCGACACUUAAGGUAAUGAGCCAAAAAUCUGUGGCUAUAUUGGAAAUUCCUACACAUGAAACAGAGGAACCCCUCGUAUCCAGUAUACCUGAAGUAUUGCAUGCCACACCAUCAUUUCUACAACAAGGACCUUUAACUGUAACUGAAACUGGCACAUUUGAAACACAUACAGACUUUGAACAUGUGAAACAAUUAACUGAAACAGCCCAGACAACCAUCUUACCACAGGAAACACUUUCUGUAACACUUCCUGAACUGCAACACAAGGAAGAUAUUUUCAUGUCACCUGCAGUACCUGACACUGAACAUGCUAUCAGAAACAUUCCAUUGUCUGACUCUGUAACUGUAAAUGAAAUAACAUCUUUAGAAAUACCAUCAGAAUUGAGGUAUACAGAGACACAGGACAAAGAAGCAGUUACAGCACUGCUACCCACUACAGAAUCUGUAUUUGUGACAGAGAUACAACCAACUCAGACAGUGGCUGUUGAUACAAGGGUACAGAAAGUGCCAAAACCUGAAUCAGCUCAAAGAAAACUUUCAACACAGGAUACAUUACAAAUACAAGAAGUUACCACGGAACAGGUUGCUACCACAGAGCCACCUCAAGAAACACAGUAUUUGACACAGGUGCCGAAAGUCGUCCAGAAACGACAGGAGGCACUUAUAAUUACAGAAGUAAUCAAAAACACAAAGGAGGAAGAACUUGCUAACUUCACAGUACCACAAGAACAACCUACAGUAACAGUUUCUGAAAGUGAAAGUGUGCAAAUUACUGAUAUGCAAACUGCACUAUUUACAGGUGACAUUACUGUACCAGCUCUGCCUAGGAUGGAACAGGUAAGCCCAAUAAUACCAGUGGAAAGACAGCUUCUUUUAGUGGAACAUUCACAACCUGGAAUCUUAGAAGAGGCACUUCCUGAGGAGAAAAUCACAACAGUGCAAGCUAAACUUGUGGAAAUUAGUGAUCAUAAGAAGGCAGAUGUUUCAAUAUCUGAAGUUAAAGAAGCUCCUACAUUACCAAGGAGGGAAGUUGAAAUUCAUGCACCAGAAAACGUUGAGGCUAUUCCUGAAGAAGAGAAACCAACACCUGAACAUGCAGAAGAAAUUUCACAAGAGUAUGCAGUCACUGAGAAGCCAUUGGUGUCUUUUGCUGAUGAAGAUGUCAAGAAGCAACCAACAACAAGAAAAGUCUUGAAGAAGAAAAGAGCUCCUGAGAAGCCAAAGUACGCUGAUGAAAGUGUGACUGAAGAUAUGACAACUGAAGUGCUGACUCAGGAAAAGCCUGACACUCUAAAACCUGAGGAAGUAAAGGAUGUGCAUGAAGGAAUUGAGGUCACUGAAGUAGUAGAUACAGUAAGUACAGGUGACAUUAGUCCAUUGGAUGUUGAAAAAGAGAAAGCAGAAGCUGUUGAGGGAACUGAAGACUCUGUAAGUAUUGUUGAGACACCAGUUAAGAAAUUAAUUACCAAGAAGAAGAAGGUCAAGCCAGUUUCAAAGAUUCCAGAAGAAAAAGUGCCAGAAGAAGAAGAAAAAGUGGUGGAAAUCCCACAGGAAGAGAAGCCUGUGCCUAAAAAACCAAAGGAAAAGAAACAUCUUCCUGAAAAAGUAGAAGUGUUGAAACUCGAAAGGAAAGAAGUUAAACCUACCAAACUGAAGAUAACUGAUGUGAUGCCAAAAGAGGAAGUUCCUCUUUUCACACAGGUGAAGCUGAGGAAAGCAAGUGUUCAAAAGAGGGAGAUUAAGGCUGUAGAGGUUCCAAAAGUAUUAUUGAAGAGCAACAUAAAGAUUAUAGACUACCCUCCAAAGGAAAAUACCCCUCUUAUAACAAUAAUAAAUGCAAGGUGUGACAAGGGGAUACUAUCAAGAAAUACACAAGAAGCUCUGAAAGUCCUCAAGAGAAAAGUGAAGAAAAUAAAGUUGCCCGGCAGAGAAAAACCAGACACAGAGGAAUUAGAGUCUUUUGAUGUUGAUCAGAAAGACAGUACUGAUAUUCCUGUGGAAGAUGAGAAGAGUACAUGGGAAAGACUCCCCAAGGCUGCAGAUACUGAGAAACCAGAAGAACCAAAGCUGGUUGUGGGAAAAGGAAAAAUCCCAGAAACAAAAGAACCAGAACAAGAGGAAAUAAAGCUUAAGAAAGCUCCUGAGAAGCCACUAGUGGAAGAAAUAACUGAAAUUAAGAAGCCUAAGAAGGAUGAGACUGAUGAAAAGGAUACAAAGAGCACACCAAAAGAGAAGGAAAUUACUUUAGCUCCCUUUAAACCUAGUGACAUAGAAGGAACUGACAUAGAUCUGGAAAAGUAUGUAAAAGAAGAGCCAGAAAAGAAAGAGAGAAGGACUCCUGAAAAGCAAAAAGUUAAAAAGCCCAAAAAAGACUCUGCAAAACCUGAACCAGAGACAGUAAAAAUACCAUUAGAAAAACAGCCUCCUAAGAAACCUUACCCUGAAGAGGAGAAGGAUAUCAAACUGAAAAAGAAAAUGGGAGAGCCUGAACCAGAGGAGCCAGAUAGUAUUACCUUGAAACCUUUUGUAAAAGAGAAACCAGAAGAAGAUUCUGAAAUUGCUAAGAAGCACAGCCUUAAACUUGAUGACAAAGAGAAACCUUAUGAAGAAGAAGAGGUAUUACCUACUGAACAUGUAAAACCUGAAUCACCAGAGAGGACAAUAAAGAAAACAAAGGUAAAGAAAACAAAACCACCUAAGCGUGUGGAAGAUGUUCUGAAAGAUGAAUCCAAAGAAGCACCUCAGCAGGAUGAACCAAUACUGGAUGAGAAACCAAAAGAAACCAAAGAAGUGCCAGAAGAAGAAUACGUAAUGAAGAUAAAACCCAAAGAGCCAGAAAGGGAGGAUACUGAAAAGGUAAUAGUCGAGAAAGAGGAGCCAGAGAAACCUGAGGUUGAAGAAAUUAAAGAAGUGACAAUAACGAAGAAGAAACCAAAGAAACCUUCUGUAGAAGAAGUGAGAGAGGAAGUCACUCUAAAGAAGGAGGUACCAGUGGAGCCAAAAGAGGAGGAAGUCACAGAGGAGGUAGUUGUAAAGAAAAAGAAGCCUAAAGAGGUGAAAGCAGAAGAGGUUCCUGAGGAAUUGAUAAUUGAACAGAAGGAACCAGAGAAACCCAAGGAAGAGGUAAGUGAAGAAAUAACAAUAAAGAAGAAGAAACCAAGGAAACCUUCUGUAGAAGAAGUGACUGAGGAAGUCACUCUCAAGAAGGUGGUACCAGUGGAGCCGAAAGAGGAGGAGGAAGCCACAGAGGAAGUAGUUGUAAAGAAAAAGAAACCUAAGGAGGUGAAAGUAGAAGAAGUUACUGAGGAAGUGAAAAUUGAAAAGAAGGAACCAGAGAAACCCAAGGAAGAGGUAAGUGAAGAAAUAACAAUAAAGAAGAAGAAACCAAGGAAACCUUCUGUAGAAGAAGUGACUGAGGAAGUCACUCUCAAGAAGGUGGUACCAGUGGAGCCAAAGGAGGAAGAGGAAGUCACGGAACAGGUAGUGAUAAAGAAAAAGAAGCCUAAAGAGGUGAAAGUAGAAGAGGUGACUGAAGAAGUGAAAAUUAGAAAGAAGGAACCAGAGAAACCCAAGGAUGAUGUAAGUGAAGAAAUAACAAUAAAGAAGAAGAAACCAAGGAAACCUUCUGUAGAAGAAGUUGCUGAAGAAGUCACUCUAAAAAAGGUGGUACCAGUGGAGCCAAAACAAGAAGAGGAAGUCACAGAAGAGGUAGUUAUAAAGAAAAGGAAGCCUAAGGAGGUGAAAGUAGAAGAGGUGACUGAGGAAGUGAAAAUUGAAAAGAAGGAACCAGAGAAACCCAAGGAUGAUGUAAGUGAAGAAAUAACAAUAAAGAAGAAGAAACCAAGGAAACCUUCUGUAGAAGAAGUGAGUGAGGAAGUCACUCUAAAGAAGGUGGUACCAGUGGAGCCCAAAGAAGAAGAGGAAGUCACAGAAGAGGUAGUUAUAAAGAAAAAGAAGCCUAAGGAGGUGAAAGUGGAAGAUGUUUCUGAGGAAGUGACAAUUAAAAGGAAGGAACCAGAAAAACCCAAGGAUGAGGUAAGUGAAGAAGUAACAAUAAAGAAGAAGAAACCAAGGAAACCUUCUGUAGAAGAAGUGACUGAGGAAGUCACUCUCAAGAAGGUGGUACCAGUGGAGCCAAAGGAGGAAGAGGAAGUCACGGAACAGGUAGUGAUAAAGAAAAAGAAGCCUAAAGAGGUGAAAGUAGAAGAGGUGACUGAAGAAGUGAAAAUUAGAAAGAAGGAACCAGAGAAACCCAAGGAUGAUGUAAGUGAAGAAAUAACAAUAAAGAAGAAGAAACCAAGGAAACCUUCUGUAGAAGAAGUUGCUGAAGAAGUCACUCUAAAAAAGGUGGUACCAGUGGAGCCAAAACAAGAAGAGGAAGUCACAGAAGAGGUAGUUAUAAAGAAAAGGAAGCCUAAGGAGGUGAAAGUAGAAGAGGUGACUGAGGAAGUGAAAAUUGAAAAGAAGGAACCAGAGAAACCCAAGGAUGAUGUAAGUGAAGAAAUAACAAUAAAGAAGAAGAAACCAAGGAAACCUUCUGUAGAAGAAGUUGCUGAAGAAGUCACUCUAAAAAAGGUGGUACCAUUGGAGCCAAAACAAGAAGAGGAAGUCACAGAAGAGGUAGUUAUAAAGAAAAGGAAGCCUAAGGAGGUGAAAGUAGAAGAGGUGACUGAGGAAGUGAAAAUUGAAAAGAAGGAACCAGAGAAACCCAAGGAUGAUGUAAGUGAAGAAAUAACAAUAAAGAAGAAGAAACCAAGGAAACCUUCUGUAGAAGAAGUGAGUGAGGAAGUCACUCUAAAGAAGGUGGUACCAGUGGAGCCCAAAGAAGAAGAGGAAGUCACAGAAGAGGUAGUUAUAAAGAAAAAGAAGCCUAAGGAGGUGAAAGUGGAUGAUGUUUCUGAGGAAGUGACAAUUAAAAGGAAGGAACCAGAAAAACCCAAGGAUGAGGUAAGUGAAGAAGUAACAAUAAAGAAGAAGAAACCAAGGAAACCUUCUGUAGAAGAAGUGAGUGAGGAAGUCACUCUAAAGAAGAUGGUACCAGUGGAGCCAAAAGAAGAAGGGGAAGUCACAGAAGAGGUGGUUAUAAAGAAAAAGAAGCCUAAAGAGGUGAAAGUGGAAGAGGUUUCUGAGGAAGUGACAAUUAAAAGGAAGGAACCAGAAAAACCCAAGGAUGAUGUAAGUGAAGAAGUAACAAUAAAGAAGAAGAAACCAAGGAAACCGUCUGUAGAAGAAGUGAGUGAGAAACUCACCAUAAAGAAGGUAGUGGAAAAGAAAGCUGCAGAACCACAUGAUGAGGAUGUACGAGAAGAAAUAACAAUUAAGAAGUUGGCACCAAAGACACCUGAGGACAGUGUGGCAGAAUUCACUGUUAAGAAGAAGGCUCCACAGAGGAAGUUGUCAGUAGAGGAGUUAGGUGAGGAAGAAAUCACUUUAAAACCAAUGCGGCCAAGACAACCAUCAUUACCUGAAGUAACUGAAGUUACUGACGUUGAAACAGUUACAAUUCAGCCUAGAAUCACUAAAACAAAAGAAGAAAUUGAACAAGAAUUCAAGAUUCAGCUACAUACUUAUGAAGAAGAGGAUAUCUCAAUGUCUAGUAAAGUCAGGUUAAAGAAACAACGGCGUCCUACCUAUGCAGAAGAAGCUGGUGAGCAAACUAUUCGAAUUGUCAAAGAGAUAGAAGAUCAGAAGUCACCUGAAAUUAUAGAAGUUUUAGAGUCUCCUGAAGCUGAAGGUGUCAGUUUUGAUUUGAAACGCAAGCCAAGUUAUACAGUUCAGGAAGCAGAAGAAGAGGAGACAGUGGUACUAACAAAACCACAUAGGGAGAGAGAAGACAUUGAAGAAAGUUUUCAGAUUUCCUUACGCAAGAAAGAUGAUUCUCGCAAAAUGUCAUACUCCAUUGAAAAUGUUGAAGAAGAGUUCAGCAUUGGUUUUCAAAAGAGGCAGCCUACUCCAGCAGGAACAUCCUUUGAAGAAGAGUCCUUGGAGCUGAGGCUGAAGCCUAAGAAGAGGCCUACAAGGAUUUCACAGGAAGAGGAUUUCACUCUGAGUAUAGUAAAGGAAACAGAAGUCUUCCAAGAAGGAGUAGAAGAGAUAUUAGUUACAGAGCUUCAAGAAGGGGAUGUGUUAUACUCAGUCAGUGCCUACGAAGCAGAAAAUGAAGAUGCAAUGAAUCUUGUUGAGGGUGAGAAGGUUUACAUCAUAGAUAUGAAUAACCCAGACUGGUGGUUUGUUAAAAAACAUCUCACAGAAGAGAAAGGAUGGGUUCCAGCUCAACUUCUAAUGGAUGAAAUUAGGUACACAACAUUUGUUCAGAAAGUAAUCCAGCAAAAAAUUGACCAGCUUCCUGUUUUUGAGAAACCUGUACAUACAGACAAAGCUACCGCACCAAGAUUUGUUGAGAAGCUUCAACCUAAGCAUGUUCCUGAUGGAACAACAGUUGAAUUUCGGUGUCAGAUUUCUGGUAGCCCUCGUCCACAGGUUACGUGGUUUAAGCAGACAGCCAUUCUGUUGCCUUCUCAUGACUUCCAGAUGUUCUACAGUGAAGAUAAUGUGGCAACACUUGUCAUAAAAGAAGUUUUCCCAGAAGAUGCUGGCACCUAUACAUGUGUUGCAAAGAAUGCAGCUGGAUUUGCAUCUUCUUCAACAGAGCUUGUUGUAGAGGGACCAUUGUCAGACCAUGGGUCAGAUGUUGCUGUACUAUCCAGGAAAAGCCUCUCAAGGGAAUCGUCACUAGCAGACAUCCUGGAAGGAAUUCCUCCCAUGUUUACGCACAAACCAGUGCCGCUGUCUGCACCAGAGGGUUCUGAUGUGAAACUGGACUGUCAAUUAGUGGCAGUGCCUGAACCAGUUAUUACAUGGUACUUCAACAAAAAGGAAAUUGAUAAAACUGAAAAUGUUUCUGUUUCUGUCGAUUCUGAUGGUCACAUGUACUUUAGCAAAGUUUCCAUUAAAAAAGUAAAGAAAUCGCAGGAAGGUGUAUAUGAAGUCAUUGCCAGAAACACCGAAGGAGAAACAUCUAUGCCCAUAAUCCUAAAGGUAAAAACAUCAAAGAAGGAACCACCAACAGUCCUCGAACCACUGAAACCAACGGUUGUUCAUACUGGUGAUCCAGUAGUAUUAUGUGCAGUCAUAACAGGCAACCCAGCACCAAAAGUCACGUGGCUCAAAGAUGGUCUUCCAGCCGACGACCUGCCUGUUUCUCACGAUGGAGACACUCACAGCAUUUUCUUGAAAGAUGCUGGUGAGGGAGAUGCAGGGGUCUACACAGUAAGAGCAGAGAACCCCGUUGGUAGUGUAGAAAGUACAGCAUCUCUCGUAGUUGAAGCACCUGAUGAGAACAUGGAGCCACCACUUUUUACGGAAAGAUUUGAGGAAGUAAAAGUCCCUGAAAAAGGUACAUUACGUCUGGUAGCCAAGGUGACAGGGAAUCCUGUUCCAGAGAUUACAUGGCUCAGGAACAAUAGACCACUGAAACCAUCACCAAACCUAACUUUAUCAUUUGAUGGGACCACAUCUUCUUUGGAAAUUCAGAAUGUGGAUUCAGAAGUUGAUGCUGGAAACUACAAAUGUGUAGCCAAAAAUCGUGCAGGAAUCACAUCUCAUGGAGCAAGAGUUUCAGUCGAUGUUCCGGAAGUCACAUUUGUAAGGAAACUGCAGGAAAUUACUGAAGUUGAGGAACGAGAAUCUCUGGUACUGGAAUGUGAAACUUCACACACAGUGUCGACACACUGGUUCCAUGAGAAUCAUGAGCUCAGUGGAAUGGACCACCGAGUGGUGGUGCAAGAGGGCCGUAUUCAUCGUUUGCUUAUAAAGAACUGCACAUCGCGAGAUGCCGGUGUGUACCAGUGUCGGGUGAGGGAUCAAGUGACGGAGGGCCAUGUUACAGUCCACGACAAAAAACCUGAGUUUUUGCGGAAGUUACAAGAUUUCGAAGUGAAAGAAAGGGAAAGUGCUAUAUUGGAAGUUGAAAUCACAUCAGAAACAGCAGAUGUAACAUGGCACAAAGAUGGUGAACAACUGACAGACACAAGUGAUAAAUUUGUAUUUGAGAAGCAAGGAACAGUACGCAAGUUACUGAUUCGAGGUGUGUCUGUCCACGAUGAAGGCGAGUACACAUGUGCCCUUGGAGAACAAGAGUGUACUGCAGAAGUCUCUGUUGUUGAACUUCCACCAGAGAUAACUACUAAGAUGCAGGAUGUGACUGUUGCGAAGGGUGAGAAAGCAACAUUUGAAAUAGAGCUAACAAAGGGAGAUGCCCUUGUCCGAUGGUUUAAAGAUGGCAAGGAGCUGCAAUUUUCUGAACAUGUGCAACUGUCCAUUGAUGGAAAGAGGCAGCGCCUGAAAGUGUACAAUUCUGAACUUAAGGAUGCAGGUGUUUACUCUUGCGAAGUUGGUGAACAGACAUCUUCAGCACGACUAACUGUUGAAGAGCCAGCUGUGCAGUUCCUUAAGAAACUGCCAGAUGUGACAUUAAUUCCUCUAAACUUGGAUGCUACAUUCACUGUAGAACUGUCACGAUCUGAUGUUAAUGUGAAAUGGUUGAUGAAAGGCAAAGAAAUAAAAUCAUCUGAGCGGUACCAAAUAACCUCAGAGGGAUCUGUGAAGAAAUUAGUUGUAAAGAAUGUUACCAUUGAGGAUCAAGCAGACUAUAGCUGUGUUGCUUUGAAUGUAAAAUCAACAUCAAAACUUAAAGUUGAAAUAAUUGAAACAGCACCAAGGAUUAACAUCGAAUCUCUUACAAAAGAAUAUCGAGUUAAAAAAGGAGAUGAUGUAACUAUUGAGGUGAAAUUCACUGCAGCUCCUCCACCACAGGAUGAAUGGUUCAUCAAUGGCAAACUUGUCAAGAAAUCGCCAAGGAUUAUACAAACACUGACUGAGAAUUCUGCAACUCUGACCAUUAAGAAAGCUGAAGAAACAGAUGCUGCAAGCUAUACUGUUAAAUUAUCCAACAGGCAAGGGGAAGCUUCAGCAGAGAUGACCCUCAUUCUAAUGGAGCCACCAUCAGAGCCAGGCAUCCCAGAAGUUAUUGAAGUCACUGACCAGACCAUUACACUUCACUGGAAGCCUCCAGAAUUUGAUGGACAUUCUCCUAUUACAAACUAUGUUCUGGAAUAUCAUGACAAGACUGAUUUCACAUGGAUUCAAGUAAAGGAAAUGGUUAGAGAGACAACUCACAAAGUGACACAACUUCAGACAAAUGGGGAAUACAUGUUCCGUGUGUCAGCCGAGAAUGAUAUUGGCCGUGGUGCUCCAUCACACAACACCUGUUACAUACAAGUUACUAAACCAUUAUCUGCUGAACCACCAACAAUCCAGCAGCCACUGGAAGGGGUAGUGUGUGGCUUAAAACAGUCGAUAACUCUUUCUUGUGUUAUUGGAGGAAUACCUGAGCCAACAGUAAAGUGGAUGAAAGAUGGGAAGGUAUUCAAAAGCAAAAAUUUGACAUAUGAGAACAGGAUUGCCAAAUGCAUCAUAAGUGAAACUACAGAGACAUCAUCUGGCAUUUACACAUGUCAGGCAACAAACACAGCUGGCUUUGCAGAAACAUCAUGUGAACUUAAAAUUCAAGAACCUCCAAAACUUGAAUUUGAUGAGAGUUUGGUAACUCAGAAAUUAAGGAUAACUAAUCAGUGGAAGAUAGAAGUUAAGUAUUCAGGCUUCCCUAAACCAGAAGUGGUAUGGACAAAGAACGGAAAAAGCCUGGCUUCUACUAAGCACUGUUCCAUCUACCAUGAUGAAAAUUCAUCAACAAUUGCAAUAUAUUCCUUAGCAAAAGUGGACACUGGAACAUACACAUUUACAGCUCGCAGUGAUGCAGGUUCUGCGAGUGUGGAUUUCAGUCUAAAAGUCAUUGACAAGCCAAGCAAACCAGAAGGGCCAAUUAUUGUAAAAGAUAUCCGAAAGGAUUCUGUGGUUCUCGAAUGGAAACCACCUGCAGAUGAUGGUGGCCUUGAGCUUUCUAAAUACUCUGUUGAAAAAUGUGAUGUUGAGAAGAUGGUGUGGAUGAAGGUUGCUGACGUAGAGAAAGAUGUCUCGUCAUAUUGUGUACAACGUUUGAGAGAAGAUUCAGAGUACAUGUUCAGAAUUAUUGCUGAGAAUCCAGUAGGAACAUCAGAGCCACUUGAGAGUGACCCGAUCACCAUUAGAAGCAAAUUUGAUAAACCGUCUGCCCCAAGAGGACCACUACAUGUCUCAGGUAUGACUGAGACAUCUUUCACUGUCGCUUGGCAGUCACCAGAAUCAGAUGGAGGUGCUCCAGUGCUGGAAUAUGUUGUAGAACGCAGAGAAGUGGGGAAGAAGGCCUGGCAGAAGGUUGGAAGCACAACAAAAGAUGUGACUCACAUUGAAGUUUCUGGACUUAAAACGAAUUCAUCGCACAAUAUCAGGAUAACAGCUAGAAAUGAAGUUGGUCUCAGUGUACCAUUUGCUCCCGAAGAUGCAAUUACUGUUGGAAUGAGAAUAAGUGCCCCAUCUGCACCAGUUGAUCUACAUAUUACUGAUUUCACAAGCAAGAGUGUCACUCUGCAGUGGGGCCCCCCUGCCAGUACAGGUGGAACUGAACUAACAGGAUACAUAAUUGAAAAGAGACUACUGUCAUCAAAGAAGUGGAGCAAAGUUGUUACACUUGAACCAUCAGUACUACAAUACUGUAUAGAAAACCUUAAAGAUAAGGCUGAGUACUUCUUCCGUGUGUAUGCAGAAAAUGCCAUAGGACUUAGCCCACCAGCUGGCACAGAGCUGGUCUCCCUUAAAAAGCAUGCAACUGUUCCAUCACCACCUACAGCUCCACUUGAGAUACGACCAAUAGGCCCAAAUGCUGUUGUGAUUGCAUGGGGAAUCCCUGAAACUGACGGUGGUGCACCUCUUCAGGGUUAUACUAUCGCCAUACGUGAUGUGCGAAAGACUAUGUGGAUGGAAGUUGGUCGUGUCAAAGCUGAUGUACAUAAACUCACAAUCAAAGACCUACAGGAAAACCACGAAUACCUCAUUCGAAUUUUCGCAAAGAAUGAAGUUGGUCCUAGUGAGCCUUUGGAAUCAGAGGAGCCAUUUAAAAUGCUGAGGCCAACAGAAAUUGACCAGCAAGAACUCGAUAAGCUGGAAACGACAGCACCGACACUUAGUUUCAGUACUGAAACCACCACAUCCUGGAUGAAAGAAGCAGGCAUGGAUGCUGACAUCCGAUCAUACGCAAGAGGUUCAUUAUUAAGAAGGGAUGAAUAUUUCUUCCGUAUUUGGUACUAUGCCCGACAGUUGUUUAAGUGAUGUGGUGUAAGGAAUCACUUGUGAAGACAAAGACAAAUAGUGUGUAAAGUGUAUACGAAGUCGUAAGUAGAGUUGUUGAGCGUAUCUGUGCUUAAGGCACUGAUAAAACAAUAGAACUAUUUAUUUUUUUACGUUUUGUAAAGCAAUUUUGUACUGAAUUUUAUAUGAAGGCUUGGAAGCAGCACUGUGGGCAAGCACUCUACUAUCUUGCUUCCUGAUUUCCAUCAAUGAAAUAAAAAAAGUACCCUGUGCAAAGCAAAGCAGGGGGCACUGAUAGAGAGUAGAACUUGCACCUGUUGCUUCUGGCUGACUGAUUCAAGGACCAAGACUGUUGCUUUGUAUUUCUUGCAUAUUCAGUAAAUAUGUAAAUAAGGAGGCAGAGGAACUGUACAUUACUACAAAUGUUAAUAAUAAUAAUUUAUUGAAAUGAGGAUGUAAAUGUUUAUGGACAUAAAAUGUAAUUCUUAUAGAUUUUUCAUAUGUAUAUAAUUUUUAUGGACACUGUACUACACAACAAAACAAGUCAGAGAAGUGGUCUGCUGAAGCAGGACAUUUCUGCUGUGACUUAAUAAGUGUGUAAGUAAUACAGUGUAUUAUGCUGUGAUAUACUCUUGUGUAUCAUUCAGUUUUGAAUUAUGUGAUUUCAAAUGUGUAAUUGUGUUCAAUUGGCUGCAAGUAUUUUUUACCUCUUUUAAUAUCACUGUCUGUUUCAACUGCAGUUGUAAUAACUGCUUACAAAGUAGUCUGUAAUCAUUUGGUUCAUGUAAGCGUCACUUCACCGGUAACUUAAAGGAGACAAAAUAUAGGUGCAACGACAUGAAUUUGUUACUGGUAAGAGUCAGCUUACAGAGCAAAUGAUACUUCAUGAAAGAAUCAUAUUAAAAUAUAUAUAUUUUUAAAGUUGGAA